AUGCAUCUCACGCCAAAAGGCGUCGGGAUAUUGUUUGGAAUUUUGUCAGUUUUCGCCGGGCAAUAUCAGGCUACAGAAUGCGAGAGCCUGGUUGACGGAUCCGGUAAUCUAGACAUUUCUGGUGGCACGGAUUGUACCCUUUCUUCCGAUUUAAACAAUGUAGGUACAUUGGUUGUGUACGGUACGAUAACCGUGUCGGCACUCGCCGUCGGCAUCCAGUGCGAGUCGUUUGAGAUCAAGGCGGGGGGUAAGGUGACGGCGGAUGCGUUGUCAACUUCCGGUAACGGUACGGGAAACAGUCUAGGCUCCGGAGGAGGCUAUGGAGGCCGUGGAGGCAGUCCAGCCAACAACUUCCUUUUGUCCACUGACUCCGUCGCCUACGGAAGUCUGGAGGCACCGACGGACCCGGGGAGCCCUGGUGGCGGCAGCGGCGCCGGAAACGGUGGUGGCGCCAUACAAAUCACUGCCUCAGCGGACGUCAUCAUAGAUGGCAUUCUCUCCGCGGACGGCGGUGAAGGAACUUCUGGGGGAGGUGGUGGCAGCGGUGGUUCUGUUUUCAUAGACGCGAACGUCAUUAAAGGAUAUGGAACCAUUUCCGCACGGGGCGGAAACGGCGCCAGUGACGGUGGUGGUGGGGGUGGCGGCCGGGUCACUCUAAAGCACGUCGCCAAUGACUACACUUUCCUUGGAAUAACAACGACAGAUGGUGGACUCGGAGGUACAAACGAGGGCAGCCUUUCAUCCAGCUCCAUUGUAUCCAGCAGCACCCAGUCGAACUACGGCAACGCUUUCGGUAAGCUGGGAUACUCGUCCAGUAAGUCAUGGCGCCCCUCCAACACCAACGACGCCUACCUGGAGGCGCAGCUCUCAUCCGAGCACUACAUCACGGCCAUACAGACGAAGGGCGGUGGCUCCGGAUAUUACGUCAAGACAUACACCGUCAGAUAUUACAACGCAACUUCAACAUCAUGGGUACAGCUAAACACCGAAAACUACGUGCUGACUGGUAACGUGAACGGGGGCAGCACAGUGACUACGCGACUUCCGUUUCCGAUAUACACGACCCAAGUGCGCGUAUAUCCGGUCACGUGGCAGGGAACCAUCGAACUCUCCAUGGGGCUCGUCGGAUAUGCACGAGGUGCUGCCAGUCUGGAACCGACGGGAAUUUGUACCCCUGCUUCAAAAGGCGGCCCCGGAGGCCCAGGCACGAUCUACCACUGGCACGUGGGAAGCGCAUCCACCCUCGUGGUGGAUAACUACGGCAAGGCUACAUACAUCGCCAUGGCAAUGGACGGGAGUACAUGUACUUCAGCCAUGGAUGUCGUCACUAAUGGUGGCGCUGCGUAUAUCCUCGGCCACGCUGACGAUCUUGCAGAGUACGUGCUUUACGACGGCUCCCAUCUCGUAAUGGCGGGCGAUUUCACCGCCGACAACGUCCACGGAGAUGGUCGGUCCAUGUUUCACAUGGCGCCAAACAGCACGCUCAAGGUCAAUACCGGCAUCACCUCACACGUUCACAUAUACUCCGGGGCGGAGAUUCUUAUGGAACCAGAAACGGUGGAGUUUGUGGGCAUCGUCUACAUUCAGGGCUUUAUGACUUUGGGGAUCCCGAGCGAUCAAACAUUCACACUGUCAAAUGUCGCGAAGAUGACCAUUGAUUCUCUCGAAAUGCCACAGUUGGAAGCAGGGGCCUUCACUGUUGGAGUCAAUACAACGUUUUCAGUCAUAAACCCUGAUCACAUUUUCAUUUUGACCACCGCCGAUAUUCUUAUUGACGGCACCUUUACCGUAAGUGGGUUGUUAGAGUUUACGGCGGCAAAUAUUUCCACAUUCACGGUGGGUACUUUGGGUAAGGCGACCUUUGAUCCUGUGUCUUCAGAUAUGUACAUAGGCUCUGAAAUUGACAUUCGGGGAAUUGUCACAAUGGCAAAGCACGUUUCCAUCGUUUACCCGUGUACACAAUUUCUGAUAGAAAACGGCACAUUGACAUGGCCCGGAACUGCCGAUAUCAUCACUAUUGAGUGCGAGAUUGUCACAAUUAACGGCCCCUUCUCCCCGGGAACCGUGUCAUUUGGCGCUGGUGUUGAUCAUUUCACAGUCGGCUCCCUCGGUACGUUUUCUCUCACAGCUGACGGACCCGUGCUGGUAGAAUCUGCAGCGAUUUCCGGUAAAAUGUACGUGUCAAACUUUGCUACAUUCGAAUCGAAGCCCGAAAGUGGUGGCCGCAUUGGUGCAUUUGUUAUCAACUAUCCAAACGGUUUGCUUCAGUUGAACAAGUACAAUCUACCUGAGCAGAAUAACGGCACUACAUUAGACAGCAACUGCAGCACUCUCAACGUCAAAAACCUCACAGUCGAUAAGACGUUUACCGCUGACGCCCUCAGCAUCAACAACGGAAUGGACGGGAUUAGUGUCAAUCGAUACGGCGAAUGGACGUUCACGCCGUUUGGAGAAUUCCGCGUCGACAGCUUUUAUUCUAAUGGUACUGUGACGUCAACUACUCCGGUCACCUUGCGGGGUUACGCCCUCGACAAAAUCAAUGAGGUGCACUUUGAGUACGGAGCUGUUGUUACUUUUGAUUCACUGGCUCAGUCAUCAAAGUCGUGGACGGGGGUUUCGGAACUCGCAGUUCAUGAGUUCAAGCUGUAUGGAGAUUUCAAAGCCGGUGAACUGAAGAAUUACAUAUCUGAAGACCAGGGCUGGGACAGACUUGACAUGAACUUAAACGGUUCUUUUUAUUUUCUGCCCAACGGUCCUUUCAUACUCGACUAUUUGUAUGUCAACGGACAUUUUGAAUCUUAUGGCGCAAUAAACAUGACAUCAGCAGGCACAGACCUAAUCAUUCACCUUGAUACGAAGGGGAAGCUUAAGUUCGACUCCCUGGUGUCUUCUAACUGGGUAGCACAGUCUUACGUGACGGCCGAAAAACUUCAGAUGGACAGCGGCUCCUGGUGGCAGUCUGGAAACACCGCCUGGGACGUCACGACGUUUACGUGUUCCGGUGCUCUGUACUCCCACCCUCACGUUGUCACGAAAAUCGUCUUCCUGACCAUCAAAAGCGGAGGAAACGUCGACUUUUCCCGACCGAAUACCAUUAAAGGAUUCGAUUACCUGAUAGAGUCAGGCGGCGUGAUGGACAUGUUUUACCAGCAUACACCGGAGAAUACUGACGAGGGCUGCGAGGCGACCCAACUCCUCUUUAAGACGGUCACCAUUCAGGGGACGGCGCGCGCCGGAUCCAUGUUCAUAGGUCCUUUGGGUGACGAUGUGCAGUUCUGUAAGACGAUCGACAUUUCCGGCACCUUGGACGUCACAGGAGGUGGCUACCUGUAUGACAAGGGCCCAGGAGCUGGCAAGGUCUCCUCGAGCGGAGGUAGCGGUGCCAGCCACGGUGGACGGGGUGGCAAGGGCUACGGCGGCAUGAAGGCAACCUUCCAGUACGGCAGCAUCUUCAAUGAGAGCACGUGGGGCUCUGGUGGCGGAAGCUACAGCGUCGGCGGGAACAACGGCGGUAAAGGAGGCGGCUACAUCCACAUGUACGUCACCGAGGAUAUCAUCAUCAGCGGCACAGUCCGCGCUGACGGAAAAGCUUCCACGUACAGCCACUCUGGUGGAGGCUCUGGCGGCAACAUUUACAUGGAGAGUGACGUUAACUUCCAACUGACCGGGAAACUCUACUGUAAUGGCGGCUCCUCGAGUAGUCGGGGCGGCGGUGGAGCCGGGGGUCGCGUGCAUGCAUACUUCCUGUAUGGAGACUACCAUUCCGGAUACAUCGAAGCUAAAGGUGGAACAUCCGGUACAGGCGAGGCGGGCGGUCCCGGCGUCUCCUAUCUGGAGGGCAAAUUUAUCCGGAACUUGCGAAUCGACAACGACUGUCUGCAACCUAAGGUAACAGAGCCCAGUGGCGCUACCGCCGGAGAUGCCGAAUACAACGCCUAUGUGGACACAGGCGCCAUCGUCCACCUGCAGCCGCCGUCAGACGACUACGAGUUCGACUUCACACACGUUGAACUGUACGGCGGUGCGCACUUGACGCUCAACGGCUCAGGAACUACGCUUAAGACGGAGUUCAUGUACGGGGACGACACCGGCCACUUGCACAUAGGACCCGGACACACGUUCUUGCUCACGGAGGUUUCCCAGUACAGGCGAACAAACGUUUCGUAUGAAGUAUUCCUCUACGAGGGCGCGGACUGGAUCUGGCCAGAGACCACAGUCGAGUUUCGCCAGACACUCGACCAGCAAGCCCUGGGAAUGUCCACUAGCGCCACUUCCUGUUCAGCAAGCGUCUUGAGGACCACUUCCGGCCGAUUCUGGGGAACCAUUGACGGAACAAAGUCACAUCUUUUGGUGUCAACUGGGGCGAAUGUUGUGCUGGGUUCGGCUGCCAUUCGGGCGAAUCAAUUCGCUAACCUGACUGUACAGGACCAGGGGACACUUGAGCUUCUCACCACCUAUGGCGACCUGGGGGAUAUUUGGACUCUCACGGUCCGCCGCGGUAGCUCAACCGGCCAGAUCACGGUGGAAGGCGGCGGCACCGUGAAGUCACGAAACCUCAACAUCCACACGGACAUCCUCAAAGUGGACAAGCUGGGUACUAUCACCGUUACCGCCAGCGGAACCACGGACGGCACCGGGGCUGGAACCAACAAGGGCGGUGGCAGCUUUGGUGGUCGUGGAGGAAAUGGAAAUUAUGGCGGAUCCUCUGGUGAAGUGUAUGGCGACAUAUACAAUUCGGAUAUAUUGUUCGGAUCUGGCGGAGGCGGGGCAUCAACAUCUUACGGCGCCGGUGGUGGUAUCCUUGAACUUGACAUCACAAAUACGCUACUCGUCGAGGGAACCAUCGAAGCCAAUGGAAACAAUGGCUACAGCAGCUCUAUAGGCGGUGGUAGCGGGGGCUACAUCUUGGCCAUCACGCGGAAUUUCGAAGGCUCCGGAACUAUUGAAGUAGCUGGCGGUGCAGGUGGAACUUACACGGGGGCAGGUGGUGGCGGUCGCCUCGCUGUUUAUUACAAAUACGCCAACUACUUUUUUGGUUCCUUGGACGCCAGAGGCGGCGCCGGGAACUACGGCAUUGGCGGCUCCGGAACUGUGUAUUUGAAGGAUACCACAAGCGAUGCCCAGAAUGAGACACUGAUCAUCGACAAUUUCGGCCAGGCGCUGAACACCCUUGACAUAACCGACCACACAUACUCGUCCUACACCACUGAUGGCAGCCGGACAUGGAUAGCGGACAGCACCCUCGCACAGAUGGACACCAUUAGGAUCGUCCGCGCUGCCCAUUUGGCCAUCCAUCCAGACCUGGACCAGUCGAGCGCGGGUUUCACCCUGCGGGCGAACCGUUUCGAUGGCGACUCUAGCGGAAGCAUACACGUUGGUCCGGACCAGCUGGUGAUCGUACAGCACCCGGAGGACCUGGAGUUCCUGGUGAGCGUCUACGUGUACGAGGGCGGCAAGCUCGUCCUCCCCACAGACUUCAUUUGCCACGACGUCAGCAUUUAUAUCUGGGGUGUUAUUGGCGGAUACAACAUGACGGUAGGUGACGGCUGCUCCCUGUACCUAGGUAGCGCCGGUACGACCACGCGAACGGGUCUGGACGCCAAUCCGGGAACUUUCGACAUGGAGACGCUCACGGUGGCAGCCGGCGGAGAGAUCACCGCCACACCUGACCUCACCGGCGCCGACAAUGAAAUCAACAUUCAGGCCAACACAAUGCGGGUUGCGGGUGGCGGUAUCGUGCACGCCGUGCACGUGAACAUUGGGGCACAGCAGUUGAUCGUCGACGAUCUAGGGGAGAUCAUCGGAGACUUCCACAGCGUUUCCUGUAGCACCGGAAAUGGUGUUACUGGAACUUCCGGUUCCGGUGCUGGUCAUGGAGGCCGAGGCGGCGGGGUCACGUCUAAUCCCUCAACAGGUGCGCCGUACGGCCAACUGGUGCAGCCUGUGGACCGUGGAUGUCAAGGUGGCUCUUCCACCGUAAGCGGCACAGGCGGUCGCGGUGGUGGCGUCAUCUAUAUCCGGGCUGACGAUUACCUGCAGAACGACGGUGAGAUUAGCUGUAACGGCGAGGCUGGGACCGGCGCCGGUGGUGGAGGCAGUGGAGGCUCCAUUCAGAUGGACAUUAACAACAUUAAGGGUUAUGGCGAGUUCCAAGUGAUCGGUGGUGACGGUUCGAAGUACAGCAGCUUCCAAGGCUGCGGUGGUUCCGGCGGUCGGAUCGCUAUGUACUUCGACCGGAACUUUACAUUCUCUGGCACCUGGGACGUGUACGGUGGGGACGCGCCCGCCCCGGAGUGUGACGGCGCUUCCGGUACCGCCUUCUUCUACCACAACGAUCACGAGCACUCGACCUUGCUGAUCAACAACAAUGGACGUGGUGUGGCGGGCGAGGAGGGAGUCAUAGCGGACUAUGCUAGUCUCACUGCGGACACAACCCAUACCUGGUUCCUCCCGGAUACUGGCACUAACACCAGGCUACCCACUUUGACCAACACAUUUACGUUCGACGAAGUGCAAAUAUUUGGUAACGCGCACCUAGCGAUCCUGACUGACACCGUGGGUGACGCCGCCACCAUCUACUUCGAAAACAUGAUCGGGGACCGGACGGGCGCGGUUCACGUGGGUGCCGGGCAGACCCUGGACCUCCAACGGCCCAAGAUUGACCUCCCCUUCAACGUACACGUGUAUCCCGACGGUUUCCUAGGGCUGGCACCGGACACGUACGUACAGGACAUCGACAUCUUCCUCAAUGGGACACUUGCUUAUAUCAAGAACCUUACCAUCCACCAUGACGGAAAUCUUUGGCUCUACCAGGAAGGAAAGACGAACGGCGAAGAGGCAGGAAGUUAUAACUUUGACUUCGUGCACGUGAAAACAGACGGAUACAUUCACAUGGUCACAGAUCCUGUGACGGACCAUGGAAUCAACUUCAAGACUAUCGAUACACAAAUUGAUGGUGGCGGCCUUAUUCGUGGAACGCAUUUGUAUUUUUAUUCCCAAAACAUUACCGUACACUCCGGUGGAAGCCUGAACGCAGAUUACCUAGGUUACAGGGUCACAGACACGAGCGGCACGGGGGUAUAUGGGCAGAUCAACCCAGGGCUGGGGCACAAUGGCACACUAUCAUCGUCCGGUGGAGGCCAUGGCGGCAGCGGUGGUCGCGGUGAAGGAGAGACAAUUGGCGGCUCCCCGUAUGGUGAUCUAUAUGAACCAACAAUGUUUGGUUCGGCCGGCGGUGGUGACGGCGGUGGACGCGGCGGUGGGCGGAUCUGGUUGAAUGUGACCGACACGCUUCACAUCGACGGCAGCGUGACGGCAAACGGCGAUGAAGGCAAGACAGUAUUUGGUAAUCUUGCGGGAGGUGGUAGCGGCGGGAGCAUAUGGAUCCACACCGACACUAUCACAGGGUUUGGUCUGAUACAGACAGGCGGCGGUCAGGGCUCCAGUGGAGGUGGCGGCGGUGGCAGAUUUGCGAUGUACUUUCACAAGAACACCACUUUCACUGAGUUCCGUUACCUUGCUAAUGGCGGGUGGCCGGGCACUGCGUGUGGUGGCUGCGAGGCAGGUGGACCCGGAACUGCCUUCCUCUAUCAUAUGGUCGAAAAACACCGGACACUCAUCAUCGACAAUGACGACGCUCCUUUACCUACAAACAAGUACGUUAACUGGGAUAAUAUCAAUGAAGAUGGUUGUAGGGCUUGGAUAUUGCCGAUCUCUGGCGUUCAUGCAUUCGCUGCAGGUACCUCCGGAAGUUAUGCGUAUGAAUUUGAGGAGCUUCAGAUUUACGGAAACGGCCACCUGGCUGUGAUGCCACCAAGCGUUGACAAUGUUGAUAACGGCAACGAUGAUAACACUGAAUUGGAGGGCGUCAACAAGGGCGACUACUCUGUGAUCAUAUUUUUCAAGUACAUGAUCGGAGAUCGUACCGGAGCAGUGCAUGUGGCUGACGGACAGGCCUUGGACCUGCUAUCUAACAUGCAGCGAGAAGAGAUGGACCUGCCUUUCAACACGUACACAUACUAUGGCUCAUAUCUUGGUCUUGCGCCCGUUACUUUUAUACACGCCGUUGAAAUUCACCUCGCAGGCUACUUGGCUAAUGUUCACAACAUAACAUUGCGACUUGGUGGAUACCUUUGGCUCAAACAUGGCGGCCACACGACUGAAAAGCCGGAGAGUAGCUAUAUGUUCGAUUAUAUUAAGAUCCAAGAUGAUUCUGUUUUGAACGCCACAACAGACCAAAUUUCCGAGAAAGGAAUCACCUUUUAUCUUGACGGUUUGACCAUUGAAGGUGGUGGUGUGAUGCAUGGGACCUACAUCACCGUUAACGCACAGAACGUGACCAUAGACGCCGGUGGGCACCUGUCUGCCAACGGCCGUGGAUACACAUUCGAACACUCACAAGAUAUCCACGGUUCAUCAUCCGUUCAUGGGGUGGUCAACCCUGGAGCGCCAGACGCUGUGAACGGUAUCGGCGGAGGUGGUGGCCAUGGUGGGUCUGGCGGAAAAGAGGCAGGCGAUACAUCACGGGCCGGCUUUGCUUAUGGCGAUAUUUACGAACCACAGAAAAUGGGAUCUUCCGGUGGAGCUGGUGAAAAUAAUGCUCCUGGAGGAAGCGGUGGUGGCCGGUUGUGGUUUAAUGUCACAGAUACCAUUUUUAUUGAUGGGCUGGUCAGUGCAAACGGAGCAGUGGGAGUAAAUGAUUCAGGUGGCGGUUCCGGUGGCUCAAUCUGGAUGCACUGUAACAUUAUCAAGGGUUAUGGAAAGAUUGUUGCUCACGGAGGCGAUGGGUCCAAUUACGUCAAUGGCACCGGAAGUGGUGGUGCAGGAGGUCGUAUCUCAGUGAACUUCAACGUCAACAAGACAAUGUCGGAGUUCCGUUACCUGGCUUAUGGUGGCGCGAAAGGUGGACCGCUCUCAGAAAAUGGCGGACCUGGUACGGCGUAUGUUUACCACAAGCUGGAAGAACACAGAACAAUAAUCAUGGAUAAUAAUGGCCAGCAUCCAAGGGAUGAACACAACGUCAUUGUAGAUUAUGCUGAUCUUACUUAUGACUCUUCAAGAGCCUGGAUUCUGCCUGAGUCUGGAUACAACGAUUUCGCAAAUGGGAAAUUUGAGUUCCAUUUCGAGGAAAUUCAAAUGUACGGCGCCGCACAUUUGGCGAUACUUCCGGAACCUAUUGGCACGGAGGUAGAUGUCUUCUUCCGCAAUAUGAUCGGUGACCGCACGGGCACAGUUCAUCUGAGCGACAACCAGGUAAUGGAUCUGGAGCGACUGGAAAUCGACCUACCGUUUAAUUGCAGAGUUUACGAAGGUGCCUUCCUAGGACUCGCACCGGUCACCAUCAUGCACGGCAUCACCGUCUGGCUGCACGGGGAAAUGGACCACGUCGAGAACCUUACCCUUCACCACGACGGUCAACUUUCUUUGGAGACGGGAGGAUUUACAUCAGGAAAUUCACCAGACGUUUUUGAUUUCCUGUGGGUACGAAUUCAGGACAAUGCUACAAUCAGUAUUCUCGUUGAUCCUGUCUCUGAUCCCCAAUCUCUCUUUAGGGUGGCUAACAAAAUAUCCAUGGAGGGCGGCUCGACUUUUGUAGUCACGAAUACCAAGAUAACAGCAACAGACAUUACACUCGACUAUGGAGCAUCCCUACACGCAGAUAGCACGGGAUAUCGCGCCGACGACCCCCAGACAACAACGGUCAACGUUGGAGUCGGCACCGCAAGCACUUCCGGGUCUUCAGGUGCAGGAUACGGCGGAAGCAGCGGGAAAGGCGGAGGCACCUCCAUGACCGGUCAACCUUAUGGCCAUUUGUUUCAACCCUACCAUCUAGGUAGUGCCGGAGGCGGUGGACUGAAUUCCGGCGGACAAGGAGGUGGAAAGAUUGUCAUUGAAGUCUCGGAUAUGCUAAUGAUAGACGGUGAAAUUCGCGUUAAUGGCGGAGACGGUCGUAAUAUCACGGGCGGUGGUGGAUCCGGAGGGACUCUUCAAAUUGACACGUACAAUUUCCGGGGUAUGGGUAACAUCACGGCAAAUGGUGGUGGCAGGUUUGCUGCCGGGACUGGAGGCGGUGGUGCCGGUGGACGUAUCGCUCUUUACUUCCGACAAAAUGUGACCUACUGGGGCGGCUUCCAAUGCCAUGGAGGUUAUUCGGCAGGCAGUGCGGAACCUGGUGGCCCUGGUCCUGUAUUCAUAUACAAUGUCGCUAAAGAACAUAGCACUUUGUACAUUAACAAUAACGGUCUUCAAACACCAACAGAGGUUAACCUGAUCAGAGAUUACACAGACAUUUCACAAGACAGAUUCAAAGCCUGGGUAAUGCCUGAAUCCUCGGAUCAUCGUUUAGCUGGCAGUCAAAGCGACUACAGCUUUGACGAGCUUCAAAUUUUUGGAAAUGCUCACCUAGCUCUCCUGCCUGAACCCUACACUGGAGGUUGUAACCUGCACUUCAUCCACAUGAUUGGUGAUCGCACCGGCUUCAUCCACAUCGGUCCGUAUCAGGUUAUGGACCUCAACCGGCCGUUCUUGGACACGCCGUUCAGCUCUUAUGUGUAUGACGGCGGCUACCUCGGGCUGGCACCAGACACCUUCAUGGAGAAAGUGUUUGCGCACAUUGAGGGAACCGUGGACCACAUUCAUAACCUGACCCUUGUCCAAGGCGGCGGACUGCGCCUAUUCAAGAGCGGAUCAACCAACGACCUUUCACCCCUAACGUACAAAAUUCUUGGACUGACCGUCAUCAAGGCGGAGUCCUACAUCAACUGUUCAAACCCCAACGCUGACUCUGACGCUUACCAGCUUACGUUCGGGUGGAUGAUCGUGGAAGGCGGUGGACUGCUGAAAGGCGGUAACCUGCACAUAAAGGCGACCGACUUUUUCCUCGACGACGGAGGCUCCGUUGACGUUAGCGAUGGAGGAUACAGACCGGAUAAAGGACCUGGAGUGGGUAUCGGCACAAGCGGCGGUUCGCAUGGCGGUCUUGGUGGACGAGGUGGUUGUGACGGGUACACGACGUGCCGCCUCCACCGGAACAUGCCGUACGGUGAUCUUUACAUCCCCGUGGCACACGGGUCCGGUGGAGGGCAGACGAACGGCGGAACUGGUGGUGGUGUGUUGCACAUGGAGGUUGCCCACACGCUGGCGGUGGACGGCUACAUCAAGGCAAACAGCUAUGACACCGGAAGUAACACCGGUGGUGCUAGUGGCGGCAGCGCAGGCAGUAUCUACAUACAGACACACAAUUUUACCGGAAGUCACACAGGUCACAUCCAGGCACUCGGAGGUUCCGGCGACCUUGUGAACGGAGGCGGUGGUGGUUCCGGCGGUCGGAUCGCCCUGUAUCACCAGCGCCAUGAGACAAUCCCUCUAUACAGGGGAUACUUUGACGUAUAUGGGGGAGCCCCUGGUACUCAUGGGGAGGCAGGCUCUUCCGGUACCGCCUAUGUCAACGAUGAUGAGAGAAAUUACAACAUGCUGAAGGUGGACAACAACGGACAGCAGCAGAUUUCGGAGGACACAGCGGUGUGGAACGAGGGUUACCGCCUCGACCUGUCCUCCUACAGCUCCUCCUACAGCAAGACAACUUCCUACACCACCACGGACGGACACACGGUUUCGAGCAGUGCGAGUAUUUACGAUUGCUCGUGCUACGUCGGUGUGUGCAACUGUCCAUAUACAAAUGCCCCCACAUACUACCGGCUACACCACCUGUUUGACCAGACCCUGCACUCACAUGGAGACGACUACUACAUGGCCGAGGCAGGAAGCGCCACCGUCACUGUAACCCUGGCAACCGCCACCUACAUCAACAAGGUCAAGGUCUACGCUGUUAAGGAUCACUACACCAAGUUCAAGGUGGUUGGCUAUGACGAGUCUAACACCGCGUUUGACGUGACCCCCAAUUACAUUGUGCCUAGUUCCAGUCCCAUCCAGGGCAGCUACAUUGACCUUCCUGUGGGCAAGAUCGCUUCCAAGUUCGAAUUCCUGUUGUCCGGAAAUGGAAACCAGUAUUCGUACGUCGCUCUGAACGAGAUUGAAAUUUUUGCAGAGGAAUCGCCAGAGCAUUCGAGAUACAAGUACAUCAGCCUGCAUGCAGCCUCCACGUGGAUCCUGGCAGACGCUGGCCAGUCGUUUGACUUCAGUGAGAUCUACAUCCAGGGACACGCCCAUCUCAGCUUCAGGCCCAAGAACAGCUACACGGAUGCAGUGUCUGUGUUUGCUGGCAAUGUGGUUGGGGACAAAACAGGCUAUUUCCACAUUGGGUACAACCAGGAAAUGGUGGUAAACGCCACAGACUACGACGUCCCCUUUAACACCCACGUGUAUGAGAAGGGACACAUAACCUAUCCACCCAGGAACUUCUUCUACAAAACAAAACUCUUCUCCUCGGGAAAGGUUUCCGGCAUAGAGGACUUGUACGUGUUUAAAGAGGGACGGGUUUCCAUAGAUUCAAACGGUAGCCUGGCAACCAGUCAUGCGCCAGCAACAGUAUCACUGAAGUCGCUGCACGUGCAGGAGGGUGGAACCUUCCAGCUGUUCUCCGACAGUCCAGAUACACCGUUUGUGAUCGACGCCACAAAUAUCUCUAUUUACGGUGGGGGCCAUUUCUCGAUCAACACGGGCCUCAACAUGACAGUCCACCACCUAUUGGCCGUGUACUCGGGUGGAAAGAUCGACCUCAGUGGCGCCGGGUACCAGCCUAACUCAGGCAAAGAGGGAACCGGAGCAGGCAUUGGUUCUACAUCCGGUGGAAGCGGUGGUGGUCAUGGUGGCAGCGGUGGCCGAGGCUCGGGCUUGGGCAGGGUUGGCACUGGCUAUGACUCCCUUUACAACCCUGCUGGACAUGGGUCAGCUGGUGGUUAUGGUCAUUAUUAUGGUGACCUUUACUACGGUGACCAUCCCCAUGGCAACAAGAUGAUCUACAAAACGCUAGGUGGUGCUGGAGGUGGCUACCUGGUAAUAGAAAGCCGACAUGUGGACAUUGAUGGGCUUGUGGCAGCUAACGGCAACGCCCCCGACACCAGAUUUGAUAGAGGAUCUGGUGGUGGAUCCGGUGGCUCCAUCUGGAUUGUGUGUGAUGAGAUAGUUGGUCAUGGAACCAUCACCGCUUAUGGUGGGGAUGGAGGCGGACCGGCGGGUGCUGCGGGAGGUGGUGGUGCCGGUGGGAGAAUCUCAGUGCAGUGUGACAACAUCCUCAAAUUCAACAUCUCCAUGAAGUCGUAUGGCGGUGUUAGCAACAGUGAGACGGGCGGAGCUGGGACAUCUUAUUUGGAGUCCAAAUUCGACAACGGAACUCUGGACUACCAAAAAAUGACCAUAGACAACAACGGCCACGCAUAUCCGCACGCAGCUAUUUACGCUGAGGGUGACAUGCGCAAUUUGUUGAAUGGUGAAUAUGUCGACAUUUCGUACUCCGGGGGGGUCACUUGGCUCUUCCACGGAGCACUUUUAUACAGAUUCAAGCAGCUGGAUGUGCGCGGUAAUGCACACGUGGCCAUACUGAGUGACACAGACAAUGAACAGAUUGAUGUACGCGUUGAAUUCCUGUGGGGUGACAGGACCGGUGUGCUGCAUGCCGGCAAAAACCAAACUUUCGGUCUCACUGAUGUGGAUACGUACCUCCCAGCAAACCUUGCAUCAUACAGGGGCAGCCGUAUUGAGGUCCCCAAUAAAGUUAUUAUCCGCGAGGUCUGGGCAGAGAUCAACGGAACCAUUGAAGGCAUGGACGUGAUCACGGUGGAAAACCGCGGAGAGCUGUACAUCUGGUCACACGCCAACUCUGAUGGCUAUGAGAAGGGUGAGAUCAAGGCUACCAACAUCUCUGUGCGGGCAGGAGGCAAGUUUGAGCCCCUGGCUGCUGUCAGAAAGAUGAAACUCUACGUGACACGGCUCGUGAUCAACGGGAACGGCUAUGUACGGACCAACAACCUCCAGCUCAACGCUACCAACGUCACCAUAGAUCUUUCCGGUGAAUUCCACGCCGACUUCACUGGUUACCCAGGCGGCGAAGGACCAGGAGCGGGACGAAACAUUCAUGUGAAUGAGUCCGGUGGUUCCGGUGGAGGGCACGGUGGUCGGGGUGGCCGAGGGAAGUCUGGCUACUACUCCGCCUUUGCCUAUGAUUCUAUCUACAAUCCAUCUGAGAUCGGCAGCGGCGGCGGGAAUCCACCUCAGGGUGGCGGCGGCCGCGGUGGAGGUAUAAUCUACAUGUACAUUGAGGAUGAGCUUAGAGUUGAGGGUCGUCUCCACAGUAACGGAGAAGUCGGAAGUAACAACCAGGCUGGCGGUGGGGCUGGCGGCUCACUUUACCUGAAUGUCAAUCAUCUUGAUGGAACUGGAUUCAUUGAGACUACUGGUGGAGAUGGUAAGUCAUUUAAUGGCGGUGGUGGUGGUGGUGGCAGGAUCGCUAUAUACCACACAAUAGAGAACCACUUCACCGGCGAGUACUUGAUCUAUGGCGGCAAAGGUCCUUACCAGUUUGGCGGAGCCGGCACUGUCUAUAUAGAGGACAAUACCGUCUCCCCUGCCUACAGACAUCUUCGUACAGAUAAUGGCGGCCGAACGGAGAGCAACCGGAUAUACGAGGUGGAACGGUUGAAUCUAACUGGGAAGUACUUCUCCACAAAAGGGUGGCCAGAUACAUAUUUCCAGACGUAUAGCGGCAUUAACGUUACGUCAGAUGUUCGCCCAGGAACCUAUUAUGCCUACCAAUCAUCAAGCUAUGGCUACCUGUACCACACAGUAUGGCCGCUUAGCCACAUGUUCAGCGACAAGAAAGCGAAUGUUGACAAAUGGUUCAUGGCCCAAGGACAGGAGGCGACCUUGACAUUUGACCUUCCUUUUAAGACUUACGUGGAAUACAUUAUGAUUUACCCAUACUGCAACACGAACUACGCCAAAACUGCGCCGAAGGCACAGGACUGGGGCUCACUGGUGACAUACUAUGCGGCGUCCACAUCCCUAGAGGGCGGAGCGUCCAUGAACCGCACGGACGGGUUCAUGACCACGGAUUACUGCCAGACACAGACUGAGGAGGGGCAGUAUGGCAUCGUCGAAAUCAAGGACAAUGUAGACCAGAUCAUUGUAAGCCUUAAGGCUACCGGAAGUUAUGUUGCCCUUAGCGAGGUUGAGAUCUACAUACGUGAAGACCCGACAGCCACCUCCCAGACGCCUUACAGUAUCGAGAACGGUACCAGCUACAUUAUGCCCGAGGGAGAUGUGAAGGACUUUGAGUUUGAUAAGCUUGACAUCCUUGGUGGAGCUUCCUUGAAUCUGGAUGGUGAGGACAUGACCUUGACUGCCCACGUUAUUGAGGGUGACGACACCGGGCGAGUGACCGCCCGACGCACCCAGCAGUAUGAGAACACUCAAGCCCGUGUUCUACAGACCAUUGGUAUCCUCUCACAACGAGAAUCUACCGUUAACCUACCACCGGAGCUCGACUGCAGGGGCAUUGACAUGUACAUCAAAGGUCACUUUCGGUCCAUGGAGAACAUCACAGUGAAUGCGCGUUGUAAUCUGACGAUCGACCACCACGAGCAGACGACAAAUAUCAUAGACAGCCUGGACAUCAAGACGUUUGGUUCCGUGAAUGUGUUUACAGAGGAUGAGGUCCUCACCACACUGCAGGGAACCAGCCUUACUGUCAGAUCCGGGGCCAGGCUGACGUCAAACGACCUAAAACUUGACUAUUUCAACGUCACCAUUGAGCCUUAUGGUCUACUGUCCGUCACAGCGGGAUGCCCUUACAACCUGCAGCACGAAGGUGUUGGUGCUGGGCAUGGAAAUGUCGGCGGGAGUUCUGGUGGAGGCCAUGGUGGUAACGGUGGUGGUGGACAGGCGGAAGCUUAUGCCGGCGGUGCCCAUGACUCCUUCCUCUACCCGACCAAGUUUGGUAACAAUGGAGGACAUGCCCUGUUCCCUCAUAGAGCUGGAGUAGGUGGCGGAAGGCUCUACCUCCGAGUUAACCACACGCUGACAGUCGACGGCUUCUUGGUUGCGCUUGGUGGCAACUGGCGAUCUGUCGGCUCUGGAGGUGGCAGCGGAGGUAGUAUACACAUUGAAACCUACACCAUAGACGGUAGUGGCGAAAUUGACGCUUCUGGUGGCACUGGAUACAGUGGUAGCUGGGCUCCCCAUGGAGGAGGUGGUGGUGGAGGUCGCGUUGCUCUCUACUACAUGUACAACUUCUACGUUGGCGACUUUAUCAACCAUGGAGGUGCAGGAGGCAGCCAGUCGGAGGCCGGUGGCCCUGGAACGGUUUACAUCCACCACCUACCGGACAUGGUGGACGGACAGCCUCCAGCAGGUUUCGUUGACAACAGGACCCUCUACCUAAACAACAAGGGCUACGAGCCCAAAGAUCCAUACCGUAACCUGACAGACACCUACCCAGACUAUCCGGCAGCCAGCGGGGUGGCCUGGAUAUGGCCCGGGGAAUACCCACCACUGGUCAAUGUCUUCAGCACAUCAGUGGACCCAGAGAGUGACAUCACGCUUGAAUACAUAAAGUUGUACGAGAAGGCCCAGGUCGCAAUGGUACGGCCGACCUACACCGACCUUGUGGACGUUCAGGUGGGCUACACCGAGGGCGACCGGACCGGACACCUCCAUAUUGGCUACAACCAGAAACUCUUCAUUGGUACGGGUCAGUUACCCAUGCACGUGUCCCUGUACCACGGCAGUACGACAACGCUACAGGGCGAACUCCGCGUGGCCGGCGUCAACGUCAUGAUUGAGGGCAUGGUAGCUGGUGUGGAAAACAUGACCAUUGUUGACGGAGGCACACUGAAAGUGAAUUACAUGAUGGACCUGAACUUCCAGCGUAUCGACGACAUCCGGUUCACGGCGUUCUCAAUCCGGAACCGAGGAUCCAUGGUGAUGAACAAUGGGGAGUUCCAGCACCAAAUGUUCGGCACCAGCAUGCAGGUAUUCCCUGGAGGAUCUUUCGAAGCCAAGCACCUGUACGUCGAAGUGACAUCAUUGUACGUUGAUGUCAUGGGCACGUUCCGAGCUGACGGCACUGGAUUCUGUGAUAUGGAGGGCCCCGGUGCUGGCACUACAUACAUGGGUGACGGGCAAGAGUACGGGACAGGAGCCAGUCACGGUGGUGAGGCAGGGGCAGGUAACUCCAGUAUGGUGACACCGAGUGCGUACGGCAACUUCAUCUAUCCUGAUCAGUUUGGAAGCGCAGGUGGAGAUGGUGGCUUGACGAAAGGUGGCUGCGGAGGCGGUAUCCUGAUCCUGAACGCCAGUAGCAUUUUGAAGGUCGACGGCGUCCUGUCUGCUAAUGGAGACGAUGGUGGCUCCACUGCUGGUGGCGGCGCAGGCGGCAGUAUCUACAUCGUUACUGACGACUUCGACGGUGCUGGUAGCAUAGAGGUUAAAGGAGGCAGCGGGUACAACGGCGGUGCAGGCGGUCGUAUGAGCACCAAAUAUGGCUACUCCAACUUCAUUGGUUCCUUCUUCUCUGAUGGCGGGGAGGCCUCUGGUGGAGAGAACGGGGCUGCUGGUACCGUGUUCACCAAGGAUACGUCGACCGAUGGCAAGAAGACGCUCAAAGUCUACAACAGGGAGGGAGAAGGGAACCGGCGUACCCGUAUCUCCAUCCCUGAGUCAAAGACGGAGGAUCAUGAUAUUGACACGCUUGACCUUGGGGACUACGCCCAGGUCGGUCUCCUAGCAACCGAUAACGAGGGCAAGCCCACCAUCGGUCGCCGGGAUCUCUACCUACAGCUUGUUGAGGGUGACUACACAGCCACAAUCCAUGUAGAAGAAGGAAUGUUUCUUAACAUUGACUUCCAGAACUCUGCUGUCCUCUCAUUCAGCAUAGCCGUCUACCCUGACUCUCAGGUAAACCUGCCAUCGGACACAUACCUGAAGGACGUCACGGUGUCCGACUACGGCGGUACCAUCCUGGGGCUUGAGACGUUCAAUAUCUCCCGGGGAGGUGCCGUACAUGUGUACCCUCCAGAGGCUUCCAACCCCCACUUCAAGGAGAUUGUGUACGACCUGAACACCAUCAGUAUCCUUGAUGGUGGAUCGUUCACGUAUCACGGCACAGCAGAGAAUAAUGACGUCCUCACCGUCAACUUGGCUGGCGACCUUAUGAUCCGGGGCGGCGGCGUCAUGACCGUCAAUAAAAUGAUUCUCAAUGCAAUCAACAUAACCGUCGAGUCUGAAGGCAUCCUCAGCGCCUCUUCCGGUGGGUUCCUGCCAGGAGGUGGAGAUGGAGCCGGUGUUGGCUCGGCUGACGGCAGUUCAGGUGGCUCACAUGGUGGACUGGGCGGUAUGGGAUCUGAUACUGCCUAUGCCGGACUUGCGCAUGGUAGCACUCACACUCCAAAAGCAUACGGCAGCGGCGGCGGCACUGCCGAAAGUGCCACUAUAGGUCGUGGUGGCGGUGUGCUGGAGAUGGUAGCAACCGGAUUCACAGAAGUGGAUGGAACAAUCAGGGCAGACGGAGAGGAUGCUACAGGGAAAGCGACAGGUGGUGGUGCCGGAGGCUCAGUCUAUCUAAGAACCGGGCAUUAUGCCGGUACUGGUCUGAUGUCGGCAAGUGGUGGAGCGGGCUCCUGCGUGCCGGGUUGCACCAAGUGUGACUCAGAGCGUCGUUGUUUGCAGUGUCUGGGUGGAUACACAUGGGAUGCAUAUGUCUGCAAGAACGCUUACUACUCCACUGCUGUUGCUGGUGGUGGUGGCGGUGGUGGUCGUAUCGCUGUCUGGAUUGACAACUCGACAAACGACUUUCGGGGAGAUUUCCAGACGUAUGGUGGCAAGGGAUUCACCGAGAGUGGUGGCUCCGGAACCGUCUACGUCAAUGCUAAUAACGAUGAAGGCGUCGUGGAAGCCACGCUUACCAUUGAUAACCGGAACUCUGUCCCGAACAACGUUUAUAUCGAUGACAAGCUGGAAGACAGCUGUCGGACUUACGUCAUCACUUCAUCAGACGAUGAUGCGGACGAUAUGACAUUUGAUCACGUGUACGUCAAUGGCGACGGCCACCUUGCGUUCCGUAAGACAUCCUCGGACAGCGUUGACGUCACAAUCAACAACCUGCAUGGAGACUUAAGUGGCAUGGUGCAUACAUCUGUAGACCAGAAGGUGCAGAUUGUGGACAGUGACAGCCCAAUACCAGCAUCGUUCAGGGUGUAUGAUACUGCGACCAUUCAGCUGCCGGCCGAGUUAUACUUUAAAGACCUCAAGUACACAGACAUUUACAUUGACGGACAGAUUGAUGGCGUCCAAAACCUAAGUUUGGGACAGGGUGUCAACUUUGUCAUCGGCGAAAAUGGUUUCACGAGUGGCUACAAGAAGCUUACGUUCGCGUUUGAAAACGUGGAAGUGUUUGCUGACGGAAAAAUUUCCUCGCCAUCUGUGGAGGAGUUCUCCCCGUCGCUCAUCCUUGAGGUCGCUAACGAAAUCAGACUGCAUGCUGGAGCUGUCAUUGAGGCCCCCUGGGUGAAGAUAGACGCGACAGGUGGAACAAUCCAGAUCGACGCCGCCAGUAAGAUCAAUGCCAGCUACUCUGCCCCACAGACCCUCGACCAAGACGGCGUUUCCACGCUGGCAGGCGGUGGUUCGGGAGGCGGCAGUGGUGCGGCCGGUGGACAGGGCUCCUUCCAGAACUAUGUUGGACCGCCACCUGACUACGGCUCACUGUACGAGCCCACUCAAUAUGGUGGUAAUGGCGGCGAUGGUGGUGGAUCUUCUUCUGAUCUGAGAUGCACUUUCUCUCCAAAACAGAGCGGUGGCAAAGGAGGUGGUGUGAUUGAGUUGGCGGCAGACAACUUUCUGUUUGACGGGGAGCUGCGAGUUAGCGGCGGUGACGCGCUUGGCCCCAGGGGAGGAGGAGGUGCCGGAGGCAGUGUCUUUGUUAACGUGUUAACUCUUUCCGGAGAUGGAAUCAUAUAUGCACAGGGCGGCUCAAUUGGUGACUCAUUUGAUACCUCCGCCGUCGUCGCAGCCACUCCAGCAUCUCCCACAGCAGCGCCCAUAAAUGGUUCAGACUCAAACUGUCAGGGCGGCGGUGGAGCCGGUGGACGUGUCGCCCUCCGCUUCAACGACGAUUCUGCCUUCAGCGGCACCGUUAAGGCAUACGGAGGGCGUGGGUAUGAAUGUGGCGGCGCCGGAACCUACCUGCGUGUUGACGCUGACGAUGACGUGAAGAAGUUGUUUGUGGACAAUGAGAACGUGUGUACGCCUCUGGACGCUCGCGUGGAUUGGGAAAAACUCACAGAGACGCACAAAGGCCAGCUUAGCUUCCACACAUGGCUGUUUGAUGAAGGAGAUGAUCAUGAGCACGUCUUUGAUGAAGUGACUCUUAGUGGACAGGCCCAGUUGGCCCUCUAUAGAAUAACCGAACAAGCUUACACACAGACAGUCACUGUUAAAAAGUCCAUUGGUGAUAAAACAGGAGUAUGGCACGUUGGCCCAUACCAGCAAAUUUCGACCAGCCUUCCCGCGGACAGCCCUGAGCUUCAGUUUGGUAUAUUCGUAUACGAUCUUGGAACCAUGCUGGCUGAGCAGACCCUUACAGUGAAGGGAAUUACAAUAGAGAACGAGGGCGCUCUCAGCGGCGUGGAACACCUCGUCAUUGGACCUAAUGGCGUCAUCAUUCUUAGACCAGACACUUCAGCCUCUGUUCCCGAGAUCAGUUUCAUCAGUGUGACGGUGAAGGGAGGCGGGACCCUGAAGAUCGAGACAGAGGGGCGGGGCAUGAAGCUUGUGGGGACGGACUUCACGGUGGAGAGCGGGGGAAGGGUGGAGGCGGAUAACCUGGUGGUGUCCGCCAACUCCCUCACUGUGGAGGACUCCGCGUAUAUCUCUGCUGAUGAACAGGCUGUACACGAGGAUGGGGGCUUGGGUAAAGGUGAGGGUGGUCGCGGCGCUGGUCACGGUGGUCAGGGCGGACAAUCAACAAACACUACCGCCUCUUAUGGCGGAGGCUUGUACUACGGUGACGUUGUUGCCCCAAUUGAACCCGGAAGUAAUGGUAUUUACACGGACAUGGUCACAACUGAAGAAUCUAUUGGAGGAGGCGUCCUCAAGUUUGACAUCACAGACACUGCCUAUGUUGAUGGCAUAAUCAGCUGCAAUGGUCAGAAAGGUUCCUCAACAGUCGGAGGUGCCAGCGGUGGCAGUAUCAUCCUAAACACCGUUAACUUCAAUGGCAAAGGCAAAAUCACCGCUAACGGUGGUGCAGCUACGUCCACGACGGGUGGUGGCGCGGGCGGCCGUAUCGCCAUAACCUACACUACCUCCUCCGAGUACACGGGCAUGUGGACGGCAUAUGGAGGCCAGUCUAGCCACUCUACCGGCGGCGCGGGUACUGUGUACGUGGGAGCCAUCAGCAAGAAGCUGCUAUAUGUGGAUAACAAGAAGCCUUAUUCUGUUCCUUCCUCCAUCGACCAAUAUGAUGUGUCUGGUAUCGCGGACAUGGACUAUGGACGCACAUGGAUCACAUUCCCCACUUCUGGUUCCAUGGUUGUUGACAAGCUCUAUCUGUUCAACGGAGCGCACCUGGCCCUCGAGCCGGCAGCCAACCCGGCUAGCGCGGACUAUAAAUUUGAAACAGAGGGUUUCUAUGGCAAGGACUUUGGCAAUGACGCGAAUAACCUCGGAACUAUCCAUGUGGGACCGUAUCAAACAUUCACUGUCAGGGCGAUUGACCUGUAUUUCCCGGCUCAUGCCGAGGUGUACGAGAGCGGCUUGCUUUCCAUGCCGUCCAAGGUGAAGUGGUUCAACUCCCAGAGCAACGUGCACGGAACCAUCGGGGGCGUCACCGAACUCACACUCGUCCGAUCCACCCUCAACCUCAUGGCUACCAGUAAAACGCUGGGCAGCUCAUUCGACGCUAGGUUCACAAUAUCCACAUUGAACAUCAUGGCAGACGGUGUUCUGAACAUGACGGAGGAUAUCCAGUACCACAUGAUUCUCUCAAACCUUAACAUUGCGCCCGCUGGACGCAUUGAGGGUUCUGACCUUAUCAUUGAGACCACUAAUGUCAAGGUCGAGGAGGGAGGUGUCAUUAAUCUCAGUGAAAGGGGAGACAUCAAAAUGGGUGAUGGCUACCUGCCAAACUAUGGCGCCGGACACAGUGGUGAAGGCGGCGGCUACUAUAACUCUACGGCGGCGGUAUACAAUCGUGGACCUGCAUACGGCUACUUCCGGGAGCCCACAACCAAAGGUUCCGGUAGUGACUCUUCAUACGGAGGAGGAAUUCUCAAGAUCGAGGCAUCUGGUACUGUUGAAAUCGACGGAGAAAUCAAAGCAGAUGGUGGUAAGGCCGGAACGACGAGUGUAGACGGUGUUUCGGGAAGCUACGGCGGUGCUGCUGGAGGCAGUAUCUGGAUUACCUGUGAAACCGCGAAAAUUAAAGGUAUCAUUCACACAAAUGGUGGAUCUGCCAUGAGUUCCGGGGGCGGUGGAGGCGGCUACAUCACCAUAUCUUUCACUAGUGGCUUUGUGGAUGAUCGGGACAUCACAUCCUUUGGAGGUAGUACUCCCAACGGAGAAAACGGGGCUGCCGGUGUUAUCUACAUAGAAAAUAGUGGCAACAGAAAGGCAAUCAUAAAAUCAGACAGUAGUACAGACUGUGUGUCCACCCUCGGGGUCCCAACGAACGUUCUCAGCGUGGACCUGGAUGAACUACAGGUUACUGGCCCGGGAACAUCCGGAUUCCAGGGAAGAAACUCACUGCCGGCUCUCAGCGCAAAUGUUGGCACCAUCAAAGGAAACGAUGACUCUGUUGUCAUAGUAAGCAAGAACGUUGUACUAUACUGGGGCACCAGAGUGGGCAUUGUCAACUCACUGUCGAUUGGAACAAAUGUCCAUGUCGCGUACGGCGGGAAGAUUGAUCUACCAAAGACUGUUGUUAUCGACAAGGGGUGGUGGCUUGAUGUGUGUGGAACAGUUUCUACAAGUACAGACACUUUGACCAUACGAGAGAACGGAGAGCUGAAAAUGUCUUACCCAGCGUCAGAUCUUCAAAUCCAUUCACUCGUCGUCGACUACCAAGGUGUCAUGACAACAUCUGCCUAUUGUCCAGCUCCGGGAUCACUCGUUACCCUAGCACUGACAUUCUUCAACAAGACUGCUGAAUUUAGUCUUGAUACAAGCGCAUACUAUCUCAGUAAGGGCACACAAGGAACCGUGUCUGCAGCUGGAGCCGCCUUGGACGAAGAAAACUGUCCUACUAGUGGAAAACUUACACUAAAAAGGACACAGUAUUGUAUUGCAAAGCCAGGAACUUCAUAUUCCUUUACUACAUUGACAAUAAGCCCUGGUGCGGAAAUUCGCCUGAAAGGCAGCGAAACUGGAUCUGGAGUUACCACAAUUUCUGCCUCCAACAUCAACAUUAUGUUCGGUGGAUCAAUAAACGGCGUAGGUAAAGGGUUCCAGUCAAGCGGAACAGGUGCGGCAACAUCAGGUAAAGGAGCUACACAUGGCGGCUCUGGUGUGAGUAACACCCUGGCGGUAUAUGGAAAUAUUAAAUCGCCAACAUCAUACGGAAGUAACGGCGCUGGAGCUACAACGUCUUCUGGGAGAGGCGGUGGGCAGAUUAAGCUUGUUGUGACUAAUACACUGACGAUUGACGGUACUAUUGAUGUGAGCUCUGAUACUGGUGGCGCCGGAAGUGGUGGCUCCAUCUGGGUUCAGGCUAAAACAAUCACCGGAGACGGCUACAUGAAGGCGGAAGGGAACUUAGGAGGCGGCGGUGGAAGAAUUGCUGCUGUUGCCUCUACCACUUACAGCUUUACCGGAACUGCAUCAGCAAGAGGUGCAGAUGAUGCCAGUGGAAACACCGGAAGUUCAGGUACUGUGUACACAGAGCAACCUGGGUCAAACAACGUGCUCGUUGAAGGCAAGAGUACAGAAAAGACAUCAAUUAAAAGCAGUCUAGAUAGGCUUACCAUUGCAAAUGGUGCAACUGUUCAGAUUGAUAGCAGUGUUACUAUCGGAGAACUGAUUUCUGAAGAAGACAGUGAAUCAACUGAUGUUUGCAUGCUGAUUGUCCCUGCUUCAAAGACGCUUACUGCAACUUCGAUGGGCGAUGCGGACAAAGGGUUUUCUUGUGAUAUAGACAUCAGUGAUGAGGGAGCUCUGGUCGUCAGCGGCGAUCUCAUUGUAACUGGAAAUAACCCUAAUUUGAACCUGGAAGGCUCAAUCACUGCCACUUCUCUCACCAUUGACAACCACGGUUCUUUCACAGUUGCCGCCACAGGAAAAGUCUACAUUUCAACGUUGAUUUUGUCAGCUUGGUCUGUCACUACUGUUGCUCAAUCUGCUGUCUUUGGAAACGAUGUCAGCAAAUUUUCGGUGGAUAACUUUGAAAUCGGUUACGAAGCAAACAUAACAUUUGCACAGAGUGAUCUGUCAAUAACAAGCACUUCCAUCAGCAUGGAUUCUCUUUCUCAACUUAUCAUUGGAGUUGAUGGAGCAAAAAAGAAACUCACUGUUGAUGCUUCAGAAAUUACUAUGCAGGACGGCGCUGUCAUUGAUUUAAGGGGAGGAGGAGAUUCAUCUGGCGCGUCUGGUUCUGCAGGUAGUACCAUGGGAGCAAGUUAUGGCGGCAUUGGUGGUUACAACAGUACUGCCUCCACUUACGGAUCUGCUACAAACCCCACAGAUUACGGUAGUGGUACCUCGGAUGCAUAUGGAGGCGGAGUUUUGUCAAUAACUGUUUCCGGGACAGCUGAAUUGGAUGGAACCCUGACUGUAAAUGGACACGGAUCAACAUCUACUGGAGGCGCUAGUGGUGGAAGUAUCUACAUUGAAGCCACAACACUUCAGGGGCAUGGGAAACUAUCUGCGAACGGUGGAGAGAGUAAUGCCACUGAUGGUGGUGGCGGCGGUGGUGGAAGAAUUGCCAUUAUUGCAACUACGCUAACAAGCUUCCUCGGUAGUAUUACAGCAUAUGGUGGAAAAGGCGUUGGAUCUGCAGGAGCGGCAGGAACAAUCUACAAAGAAUAUCAACAGUCUGGAGGAGCUCAGUUUAAAACAGUUACAAUAAAUAACAAUGAUGAGCUGUCUGAGUCUUACACCCAUGUAUCCAGUAUUACGUCAAUCACUGACCUGAUUGUGAAUGGUUAUGGACAAGUCAAGUUUGAUGGCAAUGCUACAAUCACAAUUGACAAAAUCAGUGGUGAUUACACAGGUACGUUGACUAUUGGCGAUGGCCAAACAUACACGAUUGCAACCAGCUAUGGAACCCUGUCACCGUAUGCUCUGAUGUGCAAGGUUCUUAUCGAAGAUGGUGGAAUGGCCACGUUGCCAUCCAAGAUCCUGCUGACGGAUGAUGAUUCGACCGGUGAAGACUGGUUUAACCUGGAAAUAUAUGGAACGGUCAUUGGUGUCAGAGAAAUGACUGUAUCUUCUGGAGGCAAGGUAUUGAUCCACUCUAAGAGUCGGUCUGGCCUUGAUACUUCAAAUCUGAAACCAGUCGGAACUCUUGCUUUUAACAAAAUUGAUGUUACUACUGAUGCUGUCUUUGAGCUCAGCUUAGACAACAUGGAUUUGUACACACUGUCUAUGGUAAAAGAAUUCAAUGUCAAGUACGGAGGAACUGUCAAAUCACGGAAUCUGUUCAUUAGCUCCCCAGCAGUAGAAAUUGCCUAUGGUGGUCAGCUCAGUGUCAACGGUGGAAACUCGAACGCUGGUGAUGCAGCUGGAAAUGGAGGUACUAGCGGUGCAGGCGGUACACAUGGUGGGAAGGGUGGCGACUCCGCUGAUAGUGUUACACCUGUCGUAGACUUUAACGGACUAUUUAACCAAGCUACAGAAUUUGGUUCUGCUGGUGGAGAUGGUUCAACCGAAACUGGCGCGCUUGGCGGCGGGUUCCUUAAACUUGAGGUUAAUACUCUUCUCAAUAUUGAGGGAACAAUUAGCGCUGAUGGUGGUGAUGCUGAAAUUGAUGCCGGAGGCGGAAGUGGUGGCGCCAUUCAUAUUGCUGUGAUAAAUGAUAUGACUGGUUCCGGAAUGAUAUCCGUCAAGGGUGGCAGCGCCACGUCUGGCGGUGGAGGUGGUGGCGGCAGAAUAUUUAUUGAUGUCGAUGGUGACUAUCACUUCCUUGGAGACUUCAGGCUGUGUGGAGGCUCCUCAACAUCCGCACAGGCUGGCGGGUCCGGGACCGCUUACACAAUUGUGCAAGAAGCCGGAUCGCCGGGAUAUGUAGAUAACUUUUAUUUCGACAAUGCUUGUGCCACUGGUGUAACACCCGGUGUAUCCUACAUUAAUGUUACCAGCGCUGACAUUUACACGGUCAACAGGCUCAUCAUGGGUGCAAGCACUCGAGUCUGGCUGUACACUGCAAACGUUCACUUCAAAGCAAAGACCUUGACAUGUGGAGCCGGCAGCACCGUCAUUGUUGGCGACGAUACUAUUUUCAGUCCGGAUUAUGAACUGGUAUACAGCGCCAUUACAUGCAGCUUUGACCUAAAACCGGAUGGUGAACUUCGUUUACCAAAGUCUGUUGAGCUGAAGGGAGAAGCUAGCUCGUUGGAAGGAAUCCUUUCCAACAUCCAGAACCUGAUUAUCUCUUCUUACCAGAAGGUGACACUGUCAGCUAACGCCAGAACAGGUGUUUGCUGUGAUUCGGCUGGCCAGCACACUUCGCUCACGGAGAAGGGCGAAUACAGUUUCUCCAAGUUCACUCUCGAGAGCUUUGCUGAAGUAGUAUUUGAGAAGGACCCAAGUUCCCUCAAGGGUAUUCAAUUUGUUGAACUGGAGCUGCAGUAUGGAGCUGUUCUCAGAGGAGAAAGCCUUGACAUCAAAGCAACAAGCCUUCUACUACAUCCUGGAUCGACGCUCACACUGAAUGGUGGUGGAUAUAUGGCUGAGUCAGGGCCUGGUGCAGGUGCUAUGGAUAAUAAUAUUGGCACCGGUGCUGGUCACGGAGCCCCUGGAGGCUCAUAUGACUCUGCCGUUUCCGGUGGCGUUGUUUACGACAAUACGCGCUUGCCGGUGGAGGCCGGAAGUGGUGGAGGGAACACACUCGAAGGAUCAGGCGGGUCCGGAGGCGGCUACCUUAAACUGUUCCUGUACUCCACUCUGAAAGUUGACGGUGUGCUACAAGUAAAUGGGGCAUCCGGAAAUGGAACAAACACCGGUGGCGGCAGCGGUGGCACCAUUGUAGUCGAGACGCCCCAGUUUACCGGAACUGGUCUGAUUGAGGCGAACGGCGGCGACGGUGAUGGAAGUGGUGGAGGUGGUGCCGGGGGAAGAAUUUCUCUGGUUGUAACCACGGAGAAUUCAUUUUCUGGUGAAAUCACUGCAUACGGAGCAGGCAAUGACGACAACCUGAACACGGUAAAAGCUGGUCCAGGAACAACUUACAUUCGCACAGGAAAAUCACCGAAAUUGGUCCACUCUCUGACGAUAAUUGGAGAUGUUGACAGUUCUAUACAAAACCAGACGUACACAUACAUAGACGGAGAUGAGGCUUCGUCAGAGUUUACCUACGACCUUCUUACUUUGUCAGGUUACGCCAAUGCGAUAUUCGGAGAUGCGUCAACGGAGUUCCGUCUAGCUAACAUCAAUGGCGACACGACUGGCACCCUACACGUGACUGACCAACAGAAGGUCAGGGCUGCAGUGGUGGAGGGUGUCCGCGGAGAGUUUGUUACAAACAUCAAUUUCAAAAUUGGCGAGGAGGCUGUACUUCAUGUUCCCGAUACUCUGUAUGUGGCUGGUGUCACGUUAGAUAUUCAGGGAACUUGCACCUUCAAUAACCUUAUUGUUGAAGAUGGUGGUACAAUCAACGGUCACACAACGACCUUUACUUCUAUGUACGCGAAUGGCGCAUAUAACCCGACAAGUGACCCAGGAAGCUACACUCUAGUAUCGAUUAAGCUAAAGGCCGGUUCAAAUUUCUUGCUGCCCUCUGGAGGUCUGAAAAUGACCAUUGGCACUCUGGAGUUGAAACGGUUUGUGGUAAUGCAGGCUGAAUUCAUUAAUUUGAUUGCAGUCAGUCUUAUUUUAGAAAGAGAAGCUGCUUUGAAUACCGACGGUAAGGCACGAGUCGAUGAUCCUCGUGUGCCUUCAACAGCACAUGGUGUCGGGAAGAAUGGAGGCGCGCAUACUGCGGCAGGAGGUGUUGGUGGAAACUACACCGUUGACAACGCUUCUCUGCCCUAUGGCACGAUAUACAAACCACUUACACCCGGUGCCUCAGGGGGUGAAGGAGGGCAGGGUGGUGGCUACAUAGAAAUCAAGACCAAUGAGAUCAUUUUGGAUGGAAUCUUGCAAUCAUCUGGUAACGAUUCAGAUACCGGAGGUGGUGGUGCUGGAGGCAGUAUAUACAUCAUUUGUAGCGUCGCGCUAAAAGGACUUGGUUCUAUGGUGGCUAAUGGUGGAUCAACCACAGCUGCUGAUGCCGGAGCUGGCAGUGGUGGUCACAUUGCUGUAGACAUGAAAACUGACUCAUUCCAAGGCACAUACAGUGCCGGAGGAGGUACCUCACCAGAACCUCAUGGUGACGGAGGUCCGGGAUCAAUAUACACUUUUUCCAAAACGUAUGGUGAGAAACUAGUGUGCGAUAAUAUUAAUGGCCAGACAGAUUAUUACACUACACUGAAUGAAACCUCGCUUGUGCUAAAUUUCGAUGACGUUGACAUUUACAAAUAUGCCAAGUUGCAGGUUAUCAAGGACGGGGAGCCAAGAGAGUUGAAUAUCAAGAAGGUCAACGGUGACGGAACUGGGUUGGUGAGAAUUCAAAAUAACCAGAAAGGCACUCUGGAAAGGUCUGAAACUGAUACAAAGGCCAAUUCUAAACUUCAGGUCAACAUUGAGUUGCACAGUGGUGGGGAAUUUAUUCUCUCCGAAACAGUCACAAUCUUAGGUCUAGGAUCAGUGGCUUUUGACUUAGACGGCAUCAUGAGAGGCGUUUCUAACUUAUAUCUGGGACCAUCAAGAAAAAUGAGAAUUGGAUCAAAUGCGAAAAUUGUGUCAUUCUCAGUAACAAAUGUCGAUGACAUUAAUUAUGUAACGUUCGGCACAUUGCAGCUCGAACCUGGCAGUCUCAUUGAGUAUGAUGCAAACACUGGAGCAUUAAUGAAAGCUAGCAAUAUCAAUCUGAAAUUCGCUGCCAAGAUUUACGCUGAUUACUUCAAUGUAACUUCAUCUAAUAUUGAUCUUGAGCUAGAAAGCUACAUGAGCUGUUCAGCGGACCAUCGUCCAGACUCAGAUCAGAUUGACAUCACAACUGGUUCCGGUGUCCCCGGAAAUGGAUAUAAUGGCGGUGCCGCUCAUGGCGGUGUUGGCGGUGGUGGAACAGACGACGACGAAAUUGCGGUCACCAGACCCUCAUACAACUCACUUUACAACCCUAUGUCAGCUGGAAGCAGAGGUACCUAUGACUCAGACUCUGGAAUGAAAACUGGUGGACGUGGAGGUGGCUAUGUUCACCUACAGCUGGGUAAUCUUAUGAUUAACGAUGGAACUAUAGCUGCUAAUGGUGAAGACUCAAACCCCACCGGCACUGAUGGUGGUGCCGGUAGCGGCGGAAGUGUGCUGAUUGAGCUAUACGAUUUUCAGGGUUACGGCGAUAUCUCUUCCACCGGAGGUGAUGGCAGCCAUCAUAAUGGUGGUGGGGCGGCUGGCCGUGUUGCCAUUCACUGUCUGCAGGAGAUACUCUAUGAAGGCACCUUCACUGUAUUUGGAGGAAAUGGUGCUGAUGACAUCCAGAGUGCUGGAGGUGGCACUGUGUACCUCAAGGAUAUCAGGAACAGCAAAGAGUACAAGCGGCUUUUACUUGACAACAAAGGUAGACCUCACGACAAAUAUGCCACGAUCGAUGAAAGCUUCAAUGAACAUUAUUUUGAUGAAGUGCACCUUCUCAAUCAGGCUUCCAUCCACAUGGCUGAUGAUGGUAGAAGUACAGUAUUUGAGAUAUACAAAGUUUUUGGUGAUGGAACAGGAUUGAUACAUUUGCAUGGCAGUCAGAAACUGCUAGUUGAAUAUCGACCAUCAAUUCGUAAUGCAUUUAUCACAGGGGUAAAUUUCAUCACAGAUCAGAAUUCAGAAAUCGUGUUCCCCUCAAUAACGUAUGUGUAUGGUACAGGUGUUUUCCAAGGUCAGACAGAAUCAAGGUCGAUGUCUAUCAAUGGUCGUCUAACGGGAAUCGCUGACCUGGUCCUUGGCUUUGAGACACUACUGUAUUUCGGCAAGUACGCACACACGGCUUCACUUAACCCAGCUACCGGUGGGUAUAGUUCAACUGACUUAGCAGGCACAGUGACAUUUGGAACAGUUGACCUUCGCAGUUUCUCCGAAAUGAAAUAUGCACCAGACCAGACAGUCAAACAACAGAUUGCACGCAUUGAUGCAAGGUUUCAGUCUGUGAUUUCAGCGGAGAGCAUAACCAUAAUAACAGGUACAUUUCAACUAGAGGCAGGAGCAUCUCUUACUUCAUCUGCAAUAUACCGGCCAGACGAUACUAAGGACGAGGCUAGUGGUCGCGGAGUCGAUGCAGACCACACAGGAACUCUUGCUCCAUCUGUUACAACAGCAGCUCCGGAAAACGUAACAUCAGCCGCAAAUUCCUCGGACGAACUAUUGUUUUCUACCCCCGAGCCGACCACUGAACCAAUAAUAAGGAGUGCAUAUUUCGGCACAGGUGGAGGAUACGCUUCCGAUGGCGGUGGUGACUACGACUCCGACAAAAACCUGCGGGUGGCAGGCGGCCAGUAUUAUGGCAGUCUGUAUAGGCCAACCCAGCGCGGGAGCAGUGGAGGAAAUGGACAGUUUACUUCCGGCGGCAACGGUGGUGGUUAUAUUAAACUACAGGUUUCCACGGACCUGCUGAUUGACGGUACUGUAUCAGCGGACGGCUCACACGGAGGAAGUGACGCUGGCGGCGGCAGUGGUGGUGGCGUCUACAUCGACUCUCAGAUCCUUGAGGGUCACGGUGUGAUCCGGUCGCUAGGUGGUGACGGUUAUCAUGGCGGUGCAGGUGGCCGUAUCGCCACGUACCUAAAGGAGGAGAUCUACUAUCAUGGCUCAUUUAACUCCCUCGGGGGCAGCGGCAAGGGGCACUACCUGACCGCGGGAGGGCCUGGCUCCGUCUACAUAUUCGAUUACAGGAGCUCCCGUCAGUAUGAGCAGCUGCACCUGGACAACUAUGAGCGCUCCUGGGACCACCAGUACAUCAUGGACGAGUUGGAUGAUGAGGGAAAUCCUAAGUCAGAGUUUUACUUUGAUGAGCUGCACCUGACCCGGAACGCCUCUCUCCAGCUGAAGACGGGUGAUGGUGUGGUCAGAAGCAUUGAAGCCAGCAAGGUGUUCGGGGAUGCGUCCGGCAGAGUCUACCUACAGGCGGACCAGAUAUGUUAUCUUGAGGAGUACCAGCCUCUAACAAAGCUGCCUAUCAACCUAUGGAUCGACAACGGCUCCCGGGCGUACCUCUCCCCUCUCAUCUAUAUCCUGGGUGUUGGGGAGAUUGCCCUCAAAUGGAACGGCGAGAUGAUUGGGGUCAGACAUAUCAGGAUCGUCCCUGGCCGUGUCAUCAACAUCAAGAGUGAGGCUAUGACCAGUUUUGUAGCGGACGGGGUUCUCCAGGUUGGGACGCCUGGUACCUUCCAGUUUGCAUCCAUGGAGCUGGGCGCCAGGGCCGUCAUGGAACUUCCGCCGCCCAUGCCACUCGUACUCACCGUCGGCAUCCUGGAUAUUAAAUACGACUCCACGUUCCGCGCGGACUCCAUGGAAGUUCUUGCUACAGAUUUCUUCUUUGAGCCGCUGGCCCAGUUUGUGUGUCAAGGAACCGGCCGAGUCGCGCAGGCCGGGGACGCCGUUAACGCGGGCGCUGGUGGUGGACACGCCUCACAGGGCGGAGGAGUGCCAGGCAAUUCAACUGGUGGCGGCGAAGCCUUCGGUUCAGUAUACAAGCCUGUGUUGACAGGAAGUAAGGGUGGAGGCACUCUUGGUGGCCUUGGAGGCGGGAAGCUGUAUAUCAAGGUGCCCGCAGAGUUCCUUCUUGAUGGCAUCAUAUUGAUCGAUGGCGCUGAUGGUGGCACUGGUGCUGGCGGUGGCAGUGGUGGAUCCAUGCUUAUUGAAUCUGGUCAGUUUUCCGGUCACGGUAAAAUCUCGAGCAUCGGUGGAAAGGGCCAAGGAGCGGCCGGCGGAGGUGCGGGAGGCCGCAUUGCCAUUCACACAUGGGGCUACAAUUAUUACAAGGGCGAGCUACUCGCGUACGGUCGUGGAGGAACUGAAAGUGGCGACCUGGGUGGUCCCGGUACGGUGUUUAUUGAGGACAAAGUCGGGGAAUUCGAGUACCAAUCAAGACUGUACUUGGAUGGACAGUACCUACAAGUGCCCAAGCCCGUGGUCAUCAACGAGAUCAACCCGCGCCACACGACCUCAGAGACGCCAAACACGAACGACGCCCACAUAGACUUCGAGCAUCUUAUGCUCAACAAAAAUGCAAUGCUGGAGAUCGGGCCCGGCACAGAGAGCAUCACCUCUCUCAACCUUGACCUUGUGAUGGGAGACCGCUCCGGCUACUUGCACCUCCAGAACGGACAGACAGUGUUUGUCGAGUACUCCACCUACGCCACACUGCGCUCUUCGCCACCUGUAAACUUCCGCAUCGAUGAGGGAUCCAACAUCUGGCUCUCAGCAGACUUCAAAGUGAUCGGGGAGCAACAGCCUGCUAUGCAGCUGGACGGUCACCUGGUCGGUGUGAUGAACCUCACAUUAGAGGAAGCCGUCAGUUUGUACAUCUCUGACACCGCCUCAAACAGCAAGAUCGUCAACGCACAGCUGUCUACUUACCCUAACGGUGUGUUGGGUAUCGGCCGUCUGGCCAUGCAGGCGGAGGCAGUGAUUGAUCAUGACGACCAUUUCAACCUCGAGUCUGCCAGCAUCCAUAUGCGCUUCGACUCCCUCAUCAGUGCUAACCAGAUCACCGUUACCGCUGGUGAGAUUCUCAUGGAGGGCGACGCCGCACUCGAUGUAUCUGGUCGUGGAGGUGUUGGUGACAUUCCCGCGGCUCGAGGCAGCACGGUGAUGGGACCGGCUAAUGUUACAGCUGGCGUCGGCGGUGGACACGGAGGCUAUGGCGGUGGCGCGGACCAUGACAGUUUAAACUCGGGUCAACCAUAUGGCUCAUACAAGAAACCUCAGCACACAGGAAGUAAGGGCGGUGGGACGGAGCCUGGAAACGGAGGCGGCAAAAUCGCCAUCUCCGUCUCACGUAGUAUCCACCUUGAUGGUGACAUAUACAGCUUGGGUGGGAACGCGUACGGCACAAACAGUGGAGGUGGCAGCGGUGGAAGCGUUUAUGUUGUCACACAAAACUUUUCCGGUCACGUCGUGGAGACUUCCGGCGGUAACGGUUAUGCAUACGGUUACGGUGGAGCUGGAGGUAGAAUAGCGGUGCACGUCCAGUGGUACAGAGAGUACACAGGUGAUCUUGUCACUUAUGGCGGCUACGCUGGCAAUAACGCCCUGACCACCGAUGAAACUAAGAACGGAGCUGGUGGAACUGUCUACACCACAGAUUCUAAUUCAGUUGGUAUCGAAAAGAAGGAAACAGAAGAAGUCAAUGGAACCUUGGUAUAUCUUGAUGGUUAUAUGAAACUUACUAUCGAUAACGACGACCGUAACUCCGUACUCGGCACAAUGGUUAUGAGCGACGUUGAUACAACACCGUAUGUGUUUGAAUUUGAUGAAGUUGAAGCUAAUAAUCAUGUUGUGUUGUGGAUAGAAGGCCAUGACUCUGAGUUGCUUGUUCACAAGUUUGCGGGUGACAGAACUGGUAUGAUGCAUCUUCAAGGAAAUCAGAAGGUGUUUUCUGAAUAUAUCGAAUCAACCAGUGGAUAUACUGUAGCACCAGUAAGCUACAAGAUUGACUCCGGAUCUGAAAUUAUUCUACCAUCAACCACCAUUUUGCUCGGUACUAGAAGUGACAUGAAUGGCUUAUUGACAAUGGUUCAAAACUUGACCAUAGCAGAUGGUGCCAAUGUUGUAUUCUCUUCAACAGCUCAGACAGCCUUGAUCGAAGCAGGAAACUACACUCACCUUACAGCCCCGGGCAAUAUCAGCUUAAGUCAUCUCACUAUUCAACGUGGUUCAGAGGCGACCUUUACCGAGAAGCCCGGUAACAGCCUGGUGCUGGAUCUUGUCAAACUGAGCAUUAAGUAUGAAGGCCUCAUGUGGAUGAACAAAGGUACAAUCAACUCCGGAAACGGUGUUGUUGAAAGCUUAGGGAUCCUAAAUGUUGAUUACAUGGGCCACGCGGAGGGUUCAGGACCUGGUGUUGGUGGAUCAAACGGAACGUACGGAUAUGGUGCCGCUCACGGAGGCCAUGGUGGAGCUCCUAAACCAGAUGUCGGAGGGACUCCAUACAAUUCUGUGUACAUGUCGACACACCCUGGCAGUGGAGGUGGAAACGGUGAUGGACAGGGCGGUCGUGGAGGUGGCUACCUUCAUUGGAUAGUUGGUGAGACACUCUGGAUCGAUGGGGAAGUCACACUGGAAGGAGAGGACGGACAGAUGGGCAAUGGUGGCGGUGGUAGCGGAGGUGGCAUAUACAUUCAAGUUAUGAACUUCACUGGAUUCGGUCACAUUGACUGCCAUGGUGGUGAUGGUGUGGGAGAUGGUGGUGGUGGAUCUGGUGGAAGAAUUUCUGUUCAUGUUGACUUUGCAAACAAAUACAUUGGUCGUCUUAAGGUAGGCGGCCUAGGUCACGGGUUAUUGCCGUGUGGCGCUGCAGGUACUGUAUACAUACAGGAAAAUGCAAGAGGACCGCAGUAUGCUGAUAUCAAGUAUGACCCCGAUACAGGUGCUGAAAUGGUCACUGCCAUGCAUAGACGUUUGGAGAUCGAUAAUGACGAUAAUGACCAUCACUUGUACGUUGAUCAUACCGAACCAUGGCUGUACACUAUGCUAUACGAAGAAGAUCAGCAGGAAUAUGAAUUUGAUGAAACAAUGCUUGAAGGACAUUCUAAUCUCCUGAUUGCGUAUCCUGAUGGUACAACCCCGGGCACUGGAUCAUGGACUGUGGAGGUAAAAAUCCACUUAUUCCACGGAGACAGAACUGGUGUUGUACGUGUAAGAGACAGCCAAAGGCUUUAUGUCGAAGUUGUUGAGUCGCAAUCAAAUGAAACCAUUGCUCCGUGCAGCUUCAGGAUUGAUGACGGUUCCGAAGUUUUCUUCCCGACAACAACCAACAUGCGAGGCUCAAGGACAGUUCUGGCAGGUCAGAUAACUGGGGUAGAGGACAUGAUGAUUCGACAGGGCUCCAUCCUCUUCUUAUCAACAGCUACCACUGCUCUGAUGGAGGACAGACAAUACACCAUGGUCACAACACCCGGUAACUUUACAUUCGCAUUCCUGCGAAUUAUGGCUGGUGCACAAGCAGAAUUCAGAGACGUGACAGGCCUAUGCGUGUUGACUGUCAACGAAUUUUAUGUCAAGUAUCUGUCUCUGCUACUCAUGAACUUUGUCCGUGUUGAUUCAUCCUACGCUCACAUCGAGAGUCAAGGUGAACUGAACAUGGAUGGCAUGGGCCACGGACCUGAACAAGGCUCAGGAGCAGGAUCCACAUUGGAUGAUGCCGAUUCCACAGGUGUUGGUGCCGGACAUGGCGGCUACGGUGGCGGCCCAGGACCAGCUUACGGUGGCGUACCAUACAAUUCCAUCUACAAACCAGUCGAGGCUGGAAGCGGCGGUGGCAAUGGUAAUGGUAUUGGCGGUUCAGGCGGUGGCUUCCUCGAAUGGUACAAUGGUGACCUUAUUGAGAUAAACGGACUUCUGACUCUGGCUGGUGUAAACGGUGAGGGCGCUAAUGCCGGCGGAGGCAGUGGAGGAAGUGUGUUUAUGCACACAACCAACAUCACAGGACACGGUGUUGUCGCUGUGCCUGGUGGUGAUGGUGCCGGAUAUGGUGGCGGUGGAUCAGGUGGACGAGUGUCUGUUAACUGCAGGUACCGUUACUCCUAUGGAGGCGAAUACCACAACUACGGUGGUGAUGGCCACAGCAGGACGGUAACAAACUCCCAUGCUGGAGCAUCUGGUACAACAUUCAAGGAAGAGAACAAGCGUGCCCUUGAAUAUAGGGAGACUAAAUAUGACCCUGUAACAAAUUCAACAUUCUUCGACGUUGAUCACCAUGUGAUUCACUCAGAUAACCGACUAAAAUAUACCCCUGCACCAACGUUGAUACAAGACCCACCAAGAGAGAUUUAUGAAUUUGACGAGAUGGAAAUAACAGGAUCAACGUUUGUCUGGAUUUAUCAUCCCCCUGGAGUACCCCUUGUGGAACUAAUUGCCCAUCUGUUUAUAGGUGACAAAACAGGACAACUUCACAUCAGAGACAAACAGAGAGUCUGGGUAGAGUAUGUAGAAUCCAUUAGCAACAUCACAGAAGCUCCUGUUAGCUACAUCAUUGACUAUGGAGCUGAAGUUGUAUUUCCCUCUGAGGUACACAUGCAUGGAACAAACAGUACUUUUGCUGGUCUGGUUACAGGCGUACACAAUCUGUACAUUGAAGACGGCUGUAUUGCAGAAUUUAAGAGCUCUGCGAAUACUGCCUUGCUUGAGAAUGGUGAAUAUUACAGGGAAACGACUAAUGGACAUUUCAUUUGGAAUGAGCUCCAUAUGAAACGAGGCGGUACGGCUGGAUUCCUUGAUGUUGCAAAUGAGCUUAAGGUGGAAACAAGUGAAAUAAAGGUUAAGUACCAGGGUAACCUCUACAUGAAUGCUGCUACGAUAAACAGUACAUACUCCUGGAUUGAGAGUGAAGGUAUUUUCCACUUGAAUGGACAUGGUUAUAAGGCUGAAUUAGGACCUGGAGCUGGCUUUACUAAUAACAGUGAUGGUUAUGGUGCCGGUCACGGUGGUUAUGGUGGUGGAGCGGACCCAUUAACUGUAUCUGAACCGUAUGGUAGUAUCUUCUCACCACAUCUAUAUGGCAGCGGUGGUGGUAAUGGUAGCGGCGUCGGCGGUGCUGGUGGCGGCAUUCUUCACUGGAUUACGAGCCACUACUUUGAGCUUCACGGUCUACUAGCUUUACAAGGUGAUGACGGAGAAGGGACCAAUGCCGGUGGUGGCAGCGGUGGUUCUCUUUUAAUUGAAUCAAUGAACAUCACAGGGCACGGCGUCAUUGACACUGCUGGUGGGGCUGGAUCUGGCACGGGCGGUGGUGGAGCCGGUGGAAGAGCGGCCAUUCACUGCCAGCUGCGUUACUCAUUCGGCGGCACCUUCAUUAACCAAGGAGGUGUUGGAGGUAGUGAUGCAACAUAUGAAAACCACGCAGCUGCAGCUGGUACGACUUUCGUUAAGAAUAACAUGAGGCCACUCGAGUACAGAAUAUUGAAAUACGCAGAAGGCUCAAAUCUUAAAUACUUUGAAGUGGAUCACAGGUAUAUCCACAUGGACAACAAAGGUGUGGCAUCUCCUGUUGCAACGAUGAUAAUGGAGGACAACACUUUCCUGUAUGAGUUUAACGAAACCCACGUUGAUGGAAAGACUCGUGUUCUUUUCUACCAUCCCACUGGUUCUAAGAAAGUUGAGGUUAUCAUUCAUAAGUUCUUAGGAGACCGUACAGGACAGGUUCAUGUCAGAUCUGACCAAGUUAUAUACGUUGAGUAUGUUGAAUCAAUAUCCAACAGAACUGAAGCUCCCGUUAGUUAUAUCAUUGAUAGCGGCUCAGAAGUUGUCUUCCCCACUGAAGUUCACAUGCAAGGUAUUAAUACUACAGUAGGAGGUCUUAUAACAGGUGUCCACCAUCUGUAUAUACAGGAUGGAUGUGAGCUUGUGUGUGAGAGCACAUCUCAAACCGCUCAGCUUGUCAAUGAACAGAAGGUUGCUAUAACAGAUCCUGGUAAUUUUAGCUUGCCAACAUUCAAUGUAAUGAAUGAAGGUGUUCUUCAAUUCAGGAAAAUCGAAACAGACUUCACAAUCAGUGCAGCCUUCAUGGAAAUAAAAUAUGGAGGUACUUUGUACAUGAAUCAUGGAUAUGUACAGGCUGGUGAUAUUGAUAUUGAGUCCAAUGGCCGCUUCAGUCUAGAGGGUCGAGGUAAUGCUGCUAUGACAGGAGACGGUGCCGGAUCUGUUUUGAAUGGAGGUAGCUACGGUGGUGUUGGAGGCGGCGCCACAGACGACGACGCCUAUGGCUCACUGUUUGAUCCUGUUGAUCUUGGAAGUGGCGGCGGCGGUAGUACUGGUGGAGCUGGUGGUGGAUUUGUGAAAUUCAUGGUCGGCAAGCUGUUUCAUAUUGACGGUACUGUUGAUGCGUAUGGCACGGACGCGACCGGAAGUUGUGGAGGUGGUAGCGGUGGUACCAUUCUUAUUAAGGCAUACAACAUAUCUGGACACGGCGUUUUGGAUGUUUCUGGUGGCGACGGUAGCGGAUCAGGUUACGGUGGUAGCGGUGGAAGAAUUGCAGCACAUAUUGGUUCCCACAACCUUUACGCUGGUCAGUACUUAGCUCAUGGAGGUGCAAGUCCAUCAAACUCAUCAAACGCGGGGGGUCCCGGAACUAUAUACAAGUAUGAGUCCAACAGAGGCCCUCAGUAUAGAGAACUCAAAUACAAUCCAAGACUUGCAGAGACUGUCAUCCUGCCAGAACAUAGAAAACUGACGAUAGAAAAUGGAAACUUGCAGACAACUAACCCUGCUAUUGUAAUGGAAGAAAAUAGCAAUUACUAUGAGUUCGAAGAACUACAAGUAGAGGGAUACAGUUAUGUCCAUUUCUAUCACCCAUCAUCUGCUAAUGUUGUUCAGGUAACUGUUCAUGAACUUACUGGAAACAAGAAGGGAAUGAUCCGGAUACAGAGCAAUCAGCAACUGAUGGUCAAUUUUGUUGAGGCAACACAUACCCAUCUCGACUCUCCAUGUGGUUUCCAUGUGGACCCUGAUGGUGAACUUAUACUGCCAUCAACGUAUGUCAUGCUUACAGAGAAAACUAUACUUGGAGGUCUUCUCAUUGGCGUUGAAGAGCUCAUUAUUGAACGUAACGCCGAGUUUGUUAUCCAGGAUGAGGCAAGCACAUUGUUGGUAACUGAUAUAUCCAUGGGAACAAUGCAGACAUCCGAAACUUCUGGUGUCAUUGACAUGCCUACAGUAUCGGUAAACAACUUAGGUCUCUUUACGAUCAACAUGAACCCAGUGCAUCCGAUUUUAAGUUUCAACAAUCUGAAUGUCAGAAAUAACGGAAAGCUCAUAUCGGAGACCAAGCAAACCACAUUCCAGAUCAGCUACUUGACUGUUGAAAAAGGUGGUCUGAUCGAUGGAACCGGAAGUGGCCACGCCGCCCAGGAGGGUGCGGGAUCUGGAUCCGCCUCGUCCGUUGACGCUAGCGGUGGCGGUCUUGCCAGUAAAGGCGGUCCAAGCUACCACAGUGCUUCAAGCGGAGCGGCGAACGGUGCAACAGACUGCUCUGACCAGGUGUACGGUAGUGGCGGAGGCGGUGUGAACGGAGGUGCAGGAGGGGCUUACCUACAGUUCCUAAUCGGCUCGCAACUUAAAAACUAUGGCACAAUAUCGUCCAAUGGUGUGAGCGGCACAAGGGAGUACACGAGCGGUGGCGGCAGCGGAGGGACGGUGAGAAUUCAUACUGGUUCUUUGGUCGGCCGGGGAACGUUCACUGCAAAUGGUGGCGACGCGUUCUACUACAGUGUUAGUAGCACAAUUAUUGGUAACGGAGGCGGAUCAGGCGGUCGUAUCUGUGUGGAUCUAGCGGAGUCCCUGCGUUACCUGGGCUCGUUCACCGCACUGGGGGGAACCUCCAGUGGCGCUUACCAUGGCUCACCGGGUACCAUCUGGGUGAACACGACCAUGGGAGAUGAUGUGUCAACCCACCUGUGGGCGGAUCACGCCAACAAGGGCUGGGGAUGCGAGAAACACUCGAUAUACGUAGAUAUUGACUCUGUCAAUCACUUCCACCCAAUGAGGGAUGCAUGCAUACAUCCAACAAAGGACAUAGUGGUUGAGUACAUCGGAGGAGAUGGACUUGGCACGGUUUACAUCGAUUCCACCAUUUCCAUGGACCUGGCUCCAGAGUACACACGCACCUACAUCCGGUCGUCCCUGUACGUAGAUGGACUGGUCAGCUUCCCAUCCACAGUGAUAGCAGAACAGACUGUAACCAGCGCGGGCAAUAUUAUCGGCGUAGAGCAUUGGUACAGCCGUGGACACACGAAGCUGAUGGGUACUGGUCAGUCCAGCUGCACGGCCGGAUCAUCACACACCGGGAAAUACUUUUUCUCUUCCUUUACAGCCCUUAGUGAUGGAGAAUUUACAUUUUCUGACCCGAGCAACUACAAUGUGUCCGAAAAUCUUGCUAUUUUCCUUGACAUUCUCCACCUUGAGGGCCAGUCUCAUGGCUACAUCAAUAACUCCUGUACCGUCAACAGCCAGUACGUGGAGAUCGAAAAACAGGCAAAACUAGACGGCACUGGUAGAGGCUACAGUGUUAACUCUGGAGACGGCAAGGGCUGCACUAGCGGAUGCGGAUCUGGUGGCGGCCAUGGAGGUAGUGGCGGAAGUUGCACUGGAUGCGGCAGUUGUGCUGGUGGUGGUACAUAUGACAGCAAUGUUAUGCCAACACUGUCCGGAAGUGGAGGCGGCAUCUGUACUCACGGCCAUGGAGGAUACGGAGGGUCGGCAGCACGACUUGUGAGCGUGUUUAUGGCUCUUGACGGCCUGGUGUCCAUGAAUGGUGGAAACAGUCCUGGUGGCGGUGGUGGCGGCUCUGGUGGAUCCGUAUGGAUUGACAGUCAGUACCUGGAUGGAUGGGGAUUUGUUACUGCCAAUGGCGGGUCUGGAAGUUCCGAUAGCUGUAAUUCCCAAACGACCCAUCGUGGAGGUGGUGGCGGUGGAGGCAGGGUGAGAACCUGGGGUAAAGAUGUUUCCAGUAAACUUGUACUCCACCAGUCGUCAGUGAACGGUGGAAGUGGUUACCGGUCAGGAUCAACUGGGUCUAUUUAUCAGACAUCAGGAAAUGUAUGCAGUAAUAGAGGAGCAUAUAACUCCUCCACGCUUUUGUGUGAAUGUUACUCCGGCUAUAUUGGCUAUGACUGCCAGUUUGAAUGCAGCAGCACAACCACUUGCAGCGGGAAUGGAGUCUGUAACGAUAAAGGGCAGUGCGAGUGUAACGAUGGUUUCGUUGGUACGCACUGCACAAGCGAGUGUCACCGUGAUACGGACUGCAACGGAAAUGGUGAAUGCUCCACAUGCGGCCUCUGUGUUUGUGACCCAUGCUUCUCUGGCCCUGACUGUUCGACCGAGUGUAGCGGCUAUGGCUCCUGUGAGGCCAACCAGUGUGUAUGUGAUGACUGCCACCUCGGGGUACAGUGCGAGUCGGAAUGCAACAACCACGGGUCAUGUGAUACCGGUACGGGAAACUGUACGUGCGACAGCAACUGGGGAGACUUCAAGUGCACGAGAAAAGGCUGCCCCGGCACAGACCUUGACUGUAACGGACAUGGAGACUGUAACUCCGGAACCAGCACCUGCUUCUGUUAUAACGGAUGGGAAGGUGAUGACUGCGGCACUCCUGACUGUCCGGGAGAACCGAACUGUAACAACAAUGGCGUGUGUAACGUGACCUACGACCCUCCAAUCUGUACCGACUGUGACAUGGGCUGGAUGGGACCCGCGUGUAACGACCCGUGCAUCCAUGGAACGGCCAACGCGGAUGGAACAUUCUGUAACUGUACCAAGACAUGUUACCAUGGGCUCGGCUGCAAUAUUGAGUGCUCCGGAAACGGCGUCUGUAACGCUGAUGGGUCUGGGGAAUGCUACUGUGACCCACUGGUGGGUUGGGAUGGAACUUACUGUGAGAUUCCAGGCUGUCCACGUAACCCUGAUACAGACGUCGAGUGCAGUCAACGGGGAAAUUGCGACUCCGAGACGCGCACGUGCGAGUGCGACUCUGGUUGGCAGGGACUUGCAUGCCACAUUCCAGACUGCCCCGGUGAUCCCGACUGUUACGGGCGCGGUACAUGUGACGAGUCGACGAGUCCGCCGCUGUGUGUCUCGUGUGAUGCUGACUGGAUGGGACCCGCCUGUAAUGACCCUUGUCUACACGGAACGCAAACACCAAUGGAUAGCGGCGUCUGUCUAUGCGAGUCUGGCUGGGCGGGUGUAGGCUGCAACUCGGAGUGCUCUGAGCAUGGUAACAUCAGCUCCACGACCAACCUGUGUGUCUGUACGUACGAGCUUGGCUGGAAGGGCGAAGUGUGCGACAUUCCCGGCUGUCCUGGACUCAAUAACAUGGACUGCAGUGGACGAGGUGGCUGUGACAGCUCCUCCGCAACGUGCACGUGUAACAAGGGCUGGCAGAACAUCGGUUGUGAGGACGCCGACUGUCCUGGCGACCCUGACUGUAACGACAGGGGAACAUGUGUAGACACAUUGGACCCGCCUGAAUGCUUCUGCCAGCAGGGCUGGUUCGGCGAUGGCUGUGAGGAGGAAUGUGUGAACGGCCUAGUGAGUCCUGUGGGUUCCGACGACUGUGUGUGUGACCCAGGCUGGGUUGGCAUCAACUGUGACGUCGAGUGUUCUCACCAUGGAUCCAUAGUGAACAACUCGUGCAAUUGUGACGUUGGCUGGCGCGGGGAGGUGUGUGACAUUCCUGGCUGCCCGGGUGUUAACGAGGACUGCACGGGACACGGGGACUGUAACACCGAGCUGCACGAGUGCACGUGCUACAACGGUUGGACCGGUGUGACUGACAGCGAAGGAAAGGUCGACCCACUGCUCAACGCCUGUGACAUGGCUGACUGUCCUGGAAGUCCCGACUGUAAUGGACAGGGCACUUGCGAUGAUUCUUAUACGACACCGAAAUGUGUUGACUGCAACCCCGGCUGGAUGGGCCCUGGAUGUGAGGACAUUUGUGAUGCAGAUCACGGCGAACAGAGUCCUAUGAACAGUGGAAACUGUUUCUGUGACGGCUGUUUCACCGGAAGAGGCUGCAACCUUGAGUGUGAUGGCCAUGGAAAGUGUGUGAAUGGUACCUGCGAGUGUAAGGUGGGCUGGCGGGGAACCAAGUGUGAGGUUCCUGGUUGUCCUGGAAACGGGACCGACUGUACCCAACACGGCGUCUGUAACACCGCUCUGCAGGAGUGCACAUGUACACCUGGGUGGACUGGAGAUGACUGUGCAACACCAGACUGUGGAGAUGGCGCAUGCUAUGUGGAUGAGGGACGGGGCCUGUGUGACGGCUCUUCCGGCAUACCCGAGUGUGUCUGCAACACUGCCGAUGGCUGGUUUGGUCUUGACUGUGACAAACAGUGUGAGAACGGCACCGUGGUUCUCAACAAUAACCUGGGUGGGGAGUGUCAGUGUGACCCGUGCUUCAACGGCGACCGAUGCCACCUCGAGUGCUCCGAGAACGGCGUAUGUGGCAGCAACUCUACAUGCGAGUGUUUCCGGCAACCGCACAACGCUUGGGUGGGGAGCCUUUGUGAGACCGAGGGUUGCCCGGGGGACGACGGAAAAUGUAACGGUAAUGGCGACUGUAUCAACAUGGUGUGUCACUGCUACCCUGGAUGGAAAUCGGACAACUGCAGCGUGCCCGAAUGCCCCAACGACUGCUUCGAUCGCGGGGAGUGCGUCUAUGACAUUGAGGUAGAAUCCGGUGUGUGUAUAUGUAAUGAGGACUGGAUUGGGCCGGACUGCUCUGUGCCCUGUGUCAACGGAACAAACAGUGGCGACGGCGUUUGUGUCUGCUCGCGCACCUGCUACACUGGCCUCUCUUGUGACGGCAUCUGUAACGGAUAUGGCAUCUGUGACGAGCAGAACAAUGGCACGUGUCAGUGUGACUUCGACCUAGGUUAUAAGGGAGAUCAGUGCACGGUCGACGGAUGCCCGGGCUGGCCAGACAACUGCAUGAACCACGGCACGUGUAACGCGGCUAGCGGUGCAUGCACGUGUGAACAGGGCUGGAAGGGCAAUGCUUGUCACAUUCCAGACUGCGAUUGUAAUGGCGUCAACGCCACGUGCGAGAUGAGGGACGGCGAUGACCAGCCGCGGUGCUACGACUGCGAUCAUCCGUACAUAGGAGAUAAAUGCCAGUACAGGUGCGUGCACGGACAUGAGAACAAUGCUACAUUUGAGUGUAUCUGUGACGAGUGCUACAGUGGCGCUGAGUGUGAUUCUCUCUGUAACAACGAGGGAUCGUGCGUCAACGGAUCAUGUGACUGCGGUUUUAAUGGCUACCGUGGCGAGUUCUGUCAGACGAGCGAAUGUCCCGGGUACGAUGUCUCCUGCACCAACCACGGUCAGUGCAACCCCGGGACUGGAAACUGUUCAUGCAGCACAGGCUGGGUCGGCAUCGGCUGUCACAUUGUGCAGUGUGAGAACGACUGUAGUAGCCAUGGAGUCUGUUUGGAGCUGGACCCACCAGAAACACCAAGGUGUAAUUGCACGAAUAAAUAUUUCGGUAUCGACUGCAGCUCUCUUUGUGACCACGGCAACGUAAUUAAGCCGGACGAGACGGACUUAUCUACUUGGUAUUGUGAGUGUGACGGCUGUUAUACAGGCGCUCAGUGCGACAUUGAAUGUUCUGGCCGCGGAUCAUGUGACGCGGAUGGUCAGUGUGACUGCGGGACGGCAGGAUGGAGGGGAGAUAACUGCGAGAAGGCUGGCUGCCCUGGGCUUGAUGGCGUCGACUGUUCCGGACAUGGCAACUGUAUUACAGGAUCUGCAGAAGCGAUAGGAACAUGUACAUGCGACACCUACUGGGUUGGCGAGGGGUGCUGGACGGCAGAGUGCCUCAAUAACUGUACGGGUCAGGGCACAUGUAAUGACACCACGGACGUCCCAUUCUGUACCCACUGUGACCAGGGCUGGAUGGGAGCCGACUGUAGCACACCCUGCUACGGUAUACAGGAGCCCAUGGACAGCGGCAUCUGCGUGUGCCAGAGCAACUGUAGCAGCCCGGAAGACAAUUGUCAGGCCGUUUGUAGCAGCGUUGGCACGUGUGACACGGACUCGGAUUCGUGCAUAUGUCACGACGGCACUGGACUUAACGUGCAAGGCUUUUGGGGCGACCUGUGUGAGACCGAGGACUGUCCUGGGGAGGGCGAGCCCUGCAGCGGGCACGGUCUCUGUAUCCAGGGUUCAUGCCAGUGUGAUAUUGGCUGGACAAUCAACACGACAUUCUGUAACGUACCUGACUGUCCUGGAAACCCCGAUUGCUCUGGGCAGGGCAUGUGUGACACGAGCGGUGCGAUUCCUGUGUGCGCAUGUUACCAAGGUUACAUCGGCAACGAGUGCGAAUACCGGUGUAUCAAUGGCACGGCAACUGCCGACCACGAGUGUGUCUGUGACCCGUGCUUCACAGGCGGUGCUUGUGACGAGGUGUGCACGGGACAGGGAACAUGCAACAAUGGCACAUGUGCCUGCAGUGCUAGCUUCUGGGGCGAGUACUGCGAGGAGCGUGGCUGUCCCGGUGUGGGAGAGAGCUGCUCAGGCCACGGGCUGUGUAACCAAGUGGACCAAGUGUGUCAGUGUGACUCCUACUGGACCGGCGAGGACUGUAGCACCUGGGACUGCCCCGGGGACCCUGAUGACUGCAGCAACAAAGGUGAAUGUGACGGUGACACCUACUGGCCACCAAAGUGUGUGAACUGUAUGUUGUCCAUGGGAGACUCGUGUCAGUAUGACUGUAUAAACGGCACCGAGCUCGUGCCAUUCUCCACAGAAUGCACGUGUGACGCAUGCUUCACCGGUUUCUCAUGCGACGUCCAGUGCAGCAACGUGGGCUCGUGCAUUGCUGACGUCAACGGAACCAAGGGAUGCAACUGUUCUGGAGGCUACAAGGGAGAAUUCUGUGAACAACUGGACUGUCCAGGUGAGCCCGACUGUACAAGCGACCUACAGGGCACAUGUACACGUGAGAAUGGUGCGUCAGUCUGUCUGUGUAACGGCGGGUUUGAUGGAGCCGACUGUUCGGAAUACGUCUGUCCAGGGUCUGCCGCCGGCACGCCAUGUAAUUUCAACGGUGACUGCCUUCUUCAAGAAGGCGCGUCCGCACCCGCGUGCGUGUGUUACCAUGGUUUCACAGGCCUGGCGUGUGAUCAGUGUACGGCCAACUUUGUGGGCACCCAGUGUGAGCGCUGUCAGGACUUCUACAUCGGCUACAACACCACAUGUGACACGCUCUGUGUGAAUGGAUAUGCCACUGUCUAUGGCGGUGAUGUGUGUGAGUGCCAUGAUGAUGACGUGAACGGCCACUGGAUCAACCCGCAGGAUGGCUGUGUGGUCUGUCUCCAGGGAUGGAACCUCCCACACUGUACCGAAUGUGCCGCCCACUGGGUUGGCCCCGACUGUGACAUCAGCUGUAUAGACUACCAGGGCUAUUUUGUGGAUGACGAUGAUGGCACUGUGAUCAGCGCCGCCGUUACCCCCGUCUUCCAAUGUCUCCAGGACCUUGGAGCCGGCCUCUACACCGCCUGGUUCGGCUACGAGAGCGACAACCCAAACAACGUGUACAUCUCCUCCAUGGGAGAAAACGCCUUCUACAGUGGCGCAUCAAUAGACACGACCUUUGUCCCACCAACCAAGUUUAUUCCACAGACUGUAGAGUACGCUGUGUCUAUUGGUCCAAUAAACAUGACGAACAUCACAGACUAUAGCUGGAAGGUGUACACCCUCUCAGUCACUGACGUCCCUGUUAUCGCCGUUGUUGAUACCUCAAACAUUUGCAGCAGCGAACCCACCCUGACGGAACUUCCGGUGGUCCAAGGCACAUGCAGCUGUAACCAUGGUUAUUGGGGUCCGGCCUGCGAGAAUGAGUGCCCAGGAGGCGGGGACGACCCGUGUUUCGGAAAGGGCACAUGCGACAAAGGGACAGGAGUCUGCACUUGUAAUCAGGGCGCCAACCAGACUGUCAACUGCGAGACGUGUAUCAGCGGCUGGUUUGGAGACGAUUGCUCCCUGGUUUCCACCAACAGACAAGAUUCGACGUCUGAGUGGUACACGGGAAUGGCAUACGGGUUUGGCAGCUUCCAGACUUACGAUGGGUCCAAGUAUGAAAGCAACAAGGUCGGCCAGUUCCUUCUGACAAGAGUGACAACAGCUUCCUCACACCAGAUGGACGUCCAUGUUGUCAGGAGUUCUGGAUCAAACUUGGCCCCAGUGUCAAUGACAAGCGCCUUGGGUAUUAGGAUUAAUGGAAACACUCUGGUGAUCAGAGCAGAUGACCAUGGCGGAGCAGGCACGGUCACUCUUAAUAACGAAGACGCCACCAUCGGUAAUGGCCUUAACCUCGCGUCGGAGGUUGAUAUUGUCACGACCUCACCAUCCACAUACAAACUUGUGGCCUCUUCUGACCUCUUUAUCAACAUUGACAUGAAGAAGAGUUAUAUUGACAUCUUUGUCAGCGCAAAACAGUCAGUCUGUUCCUCUGCGGAGGCAUUGCUCAGUUCAUGUGACAACGACGUUAUGAAUGAUUAUGUGACCAGUACUGGAAACGACCCUGGUUUCCGGUGGAAAUAUUUACCCUUAACGAAGGAGAAUAUUGAAGAGGUAUUUGUUCCAUCAUGGAGAACAGAUGACGACGUUUUCACCAAUGUAAUACCGGAAUUCGAUAGAGGCUAUGGAGGCCGUGGAGGCAGUCCAGCCAACAACUUCCUUUUGUCCACUGACUCCGUCGCCUACGGAAGUCUGGAGGCACCGACGGACCCGGGGAGCCCUGGUGGCGGCAGCGGCGCCGGAAACGGUGGUGGCGCCAUACAAAUCACUGCCUCAGCGGACGUCAUCAUAGAUGGCAUUCUCUCCGCGGACGGCGGUGAAGGAACUUCUGGGGGAGGUGGUGGCAGCGGUGGUUCUGUUUUCAUAGACGCGAACGUCAUUAAAGGAUAUGGAACCAUUUCCGCACGGGGCGGAAACGGCGCCAGUGACGGUGGUGGUGGGGGUGGCGGCCGGGUCACUCUAAAGCACGUCGCCAAUGACUACACUUUCCUUGGAAUAACAACGACAGAUGGUGGACUCGGAGGUACAAACGAGGGCAGCCUUUCAUCCAGCUCCAUUGUAUCCAGCAGCACCCAGUCGAACUACGGCAACGCUUUCGGUAAGCUGGGAUACUCGUCCAGUAAGUCAUGGCGCCCCUCCAACACCAACGACGCCUACCUGGAGGCGCAGCUCUCAUCCGAGCACUACAUCACGGCCAUACAGACGAAGGGCGGUGGCUCCGGAUAUUACGUCAAGACAUACACCGUCAGAUAUUACAACGCAACUUCAGCAUCAUGGAUACAGCUAAACACCGAAAACUACGUGCUGACUGGUAACGUGAACGGGGGCAGCACAGUGACUACGCGACUUCCGUUUCCGAUAUACACGACCCAAGUGCGCGUAUAUCCGGUCACGUGGCAGGGAACCAUCGAACUCUCCAUGGGGCUCGUCGGAUAUGCACGAGGCGGCCCCGGAGGCCCAGGCACGAUCUACCACUGGCACGUGGGAAGCGCAUCCACCCUCGUGGUGGAUAACUACGGCAAGGCUACAUACAUCGCCAUGGCAAUGGACGGGAGUACAUGUACUUCAGCCAUGGAUGUCGUCACUAAUGGUGGCGCUGCGUAUAUCCUCGGCCACGCUGACGAUCUUGCAGAGUACGUGCUUUACGACGGCUCCCAUCUCGUAAUGGCGGGCGAUUUCACCGCCGACAACGUCCACGGAGAUGGUCGGUCCAUGUUUCACAUGGCGCCAAACAGCACGCUCAAGGUCAAUACCGGCAUCACCUCACACGUUCACAUAUACUCCGGGGCGGAGAUUCUUAUGGAACCAGAAACGGUGGAGUUUGUGGGCAUCGUCUACAUUCAGGGCUUUAUGACUUUGGGGAUCCCGAGCGAUCAAACAUUCACACUGUCAAAUGUCGCGAAGAUGACCAUUGAUUCUCUCGAAAUGCCACAGUUGGAAGCAGGGGCCUUCACUGUUGGAGUCAAUACAACGUUUUCAGUCAUAAACCCUGAUCACAUUUUCAUUUUGACCACCGCCGAUAUUCUUAUUGACGGCACCUUUACCGUAAGUGGGUUGUUAGAGUUUACGGCGGCAAAUAUUUCCACAUUCACGGUGGGUACUUUGGGUAAGGCGACCUUUGAUCCUGUGUCUUCAGAUAUGUACAUAGGCUCUGAAAUUGACAUUCGGGGAACUGUCACAAUGGCAAAGCACGUUUCCAUCGUUUACCCGUGUACACAAUUUCUGAUAGAAAACGGCACAUUGACAUGGCCCGGAACUGCCGAUAUCAUCACUAUUGAGUGCGAGAUUGUCACAAUUAACGGCCCCUUCUCCCCGGGAACCGUGUCAUUUGGCGCUGGUGUUGAUCAUUUCACAGUCGGCUCCCUCGGUACGUUUUCUCUCACAGCUGACGGACCCGUGCUGGUAGAAUCUGCAGCGAUUUCCGGUAAAAUGUACGUGUCAAACUUUGCUACAUUCGAAUCGAAGCCCGAAAGUGGUGGCCGCAUUGGUGCAUUUGUUAUCAACUAUCCAAACGGUUUGCUUCAGUUGAACAAGUACAAUCUACCUGAGCAGAAUAACGGCACUACAUUAGACAGCAACUGCAGCACUCUCAACGUCAAAAACCUCACAGUCGAUAAGACGUUUACCGCUGACGCCCUCAGCAUCAACAACGGAAUGGACGGGAUUAGUGUCAAUCGAUACGGCGAAUGGACGUUCACGCCGUUUGGAGAAUUCCGCGUCGACAGCUUUUAUUCUAAUGGUACUGUGACGUCAACUACUCCGGUCACCCUGCGGGGUUACGCCCUCGACAAAAUCAAUGAGGUGCACUUUGAGUACGGAGCUGUUGUUACUUUUGAUUCACUGGCUCAGUCAUCAAAGUCGUGGACGGGGGUUUCGGAACUCGCAGUUCAUGAGUUCAAGCUGUAUGGAGAUUUCAAAGCCGGUGAACUGAAGAAUUACAUAUCUGAAGACCAGGGCUGGGACAGACUUGACAUGAACUUAAACGGUUCUUUUUAUUUUCUGCCCAACGGUCCUUUCAUACUCGACUAUUUGUAUGUCAACGGACAUUUUGAAUCUUAUGGCGCAAUAAACAUGACAUCAGCAGGCACAGACCUAAUCAUUCACCUUGAUACGAAGGGGAAGCUUAAGUUCGACUCCCUGGUGUCUUCUAACUGGGUAGCACAGUCUUACGUGACGGCCGAAAAACUUCAGAUGGACAGCGGCUCCUGGUGGCAGUCUGGAAACACCGCCUGGGACGUCACGACGUUCACGUGUUCCGGUGCUCUGUACUCCCACCCUCACGUGGUCACGAAAAUCGUCUUCCUGACCAUCAAAAGCGGAGGAAACGUCGACUUUUCCCGACCGAAUACCAUUAAAGGAUUCGAUUACCUGAUAGAGUCAGGCGGCGUGAUGGACAUGUUUUACCAGCAUACACCGGAGAAUACUGACGAGGGCUGCGAGGCGACCCAACUCCUCUUUAAGACGGUCACCAUUCAGGGGACGGCGCGCGCCGGAUCCAUGUUCAUAGGUCCUUUGGGUGACGAUGUGCAGUUCUGUAAGACGAUCGACAUUUCCGGCACCUUGGACGUCACAGGAGGUGGCUACCUGUAUGACAAGGGCCCAGGAGCUGGCAAGGUCUCCUCGAGCGGAGGUAGCGGUGCCAGCCACGGUGGACGGGGUGGCAAGGGCUACGGCGGCAUGAAGGCAACCUUCCAGUACGGCAGCAUCUUCAAUGAGAGCACGUGGGGCUCUGGUGGCGGAAGCUACAGCGUCGGCGGGAACAACGGCGGUAAAGGAGGCGGCUACAUCCACAUGUACGUCACCGAGGAUAUCAUCAUCAGCGGCACAGUCCGCGCUGACGGAAAAGCUUCCACGUACGGCCACUCUGGUGGAGGCUCUGGCGGCAACAUUUACAUGGAGAGUGACGUUAACUUCCAACUGACCGGGAAACUCUACUGUAAUGGCGGCUCCUCGAUUAGUCGGGGCGGCGGUGGAGCCGGGGGUCGCGUGCAUGCAUACUUCCUGUAUGGAGACUACCAUUCCGGAUACAUCGAAGCUAAAGGUGGAACAUCCGGUACAGGCGAGGCGGGCGGUCCCGGCGUCUCCUAUCUGGAGGGAAAAUUUAUCCGGAACUUGCGAAUCGACAACGACUGUCUGCAACCUAAGGUAACAGAGCCCAGUGGCGCUACCGCCGGAGAUGCCGAAUACAACGCCUAUGUGGACACAGGCGCCAUCGUCCACCUGCAGCCGCCGUCAGACGACUACGAGUUCGACUUCACACACGUUGAACUGUACGGCGGUGCGCACUUGACGCUCAACGGCUCAGGAACUACGCUUAAGACGGAGUUCAUGUACGGGGACGACACCGGCCACUUGCACAUAGGACCCGGACACACGUUCUUGCUCACGGAGGUUUCCCAGUACAGGCGAACAAACGUUUCGUAUGAAGUAUUCCUCUACGAGGGCGCGGACUGGAUCUGGCCAGAGACCACAGUCGAGUUUCGCCAGACACUCGACCAGCAAGCCCUGGGAAUGUCCACUAGCGCCACUUCCUGUUCAGCAAGCGUCUUGAGGACCACUUCCGGCCGAUUCUGGGGAACCAUUGACGGAACAAAGUCACAUCUUUUGGUGUCAACUGGGGCGAAUGUUGUGCUGGGUUCGGCUGCCAUUCGGGCGAAUCAAUUCGCUAACCUGACUGUACAGGACCAGGGGACACUUGAGCUUCUCACCACCUAUGGCGACCUGGGGGAUAUAUGGACUCUCACGGUCCGCCGCGGCAGCUCAAACGGCCAGAUCACGGUGGAAGGCGGCGGCACCGUGAAGUCACGAAACCUCAACAUUCACACGGACAUCCUCAAAGUGGACAAGCUGGGUACUAUCACCGUUACCGCCAGCGGAACCACGGACGGCACCGGGGCUGGAACCAACAAGGGCGGUGGCAGCUUUGGUGGUCGUGGAGGAAAUGGAAAUUAUGGCGGAUCCUCUGGUGAAGUGUAUGGCGACAUAUACAAUUCGGAUAUAUUGUUCGGAUCUGGGGGAGGUGGGGCAUCAACAUCUUAUGGCGCCGGUGGUGGUAUCCUUGAACUUGACAUCACAAAUACGCUACUCGUCGAGGGAACCAUCGAAGCCAAUGGAAACAAUGGCUACAGCAGCUCUAUAGGCGGUGGUAGCGGGGGCUACAUCUUGGCCAUCACGCGGAAUUUCGAAGGCUCCGGAACUAUUGAAGUAGCUGGCGGUGCAGGUGGAACUUACACGGGGGCAGGUGGGGGCGGUCGCCUCGCUGUUUAUUACAAAUACGCCAACUACUUUUUUGGUUCCUUGGACGCCAGAGGCGGCGCCGGGAACUACGGCAUUGGCGGCUCCGGAACUGUGUAUUUGAAGGAUACCACAAGCGACGCUCAGAAUGAGACACUGAUCAUCGACAAUUUUGGCCAGGCGCUGAACACCCUUGACAUAACCGACCACACAUACUCGUCCUACACCACUGAUGGCAGCCGGACAUGGAUAGCGGACAGCACCCUCGCACAGAUGGACACCAUAAGGAUCGUCCGCGCUGCCCAUUUGGCCAUCCAUCCAGACCUGGACCAGUCGAGCGCGGGUUUCACCCUGCGGGCGAACCGUUUCGAUGGCGACUCUAGCGGAAGCAUACACGUUGGUCCGGACCAGCUGGUGAUCGUACAGCACCCGGAGGACCUGGAGUUCCUGGUGAGCGUCUACGUGUACGAGGGCGGCAAGCUCGUCCUCCCCACAGACUUCAUUUGCCACGACGUCAGCAUUUAUAUCUGGGGUGUUAUUGGCGGAUACAACAUGACGGUAGGUGACGGCUGCUCCCUGUACCUAGGUAGCGCUGGUACGACCACGCGAACGGGUCUGGACGCCAAUCCGGGAACUUUCGACAUGGAGACGCUCACGGUGGCAGCCGGCGGAGAGAUCACCGCCACACCUGACCUCACCGGCGCCGACAAUGAAAUCAACAUCCAGGCCAACACAAUGCGGGUUGCGGGUGGCGGUAUCGUGCACGCCGUGCACGUGAACAUUGGGGCACAGCAGUUGAUUGUCGACGAUCUAGGGGAGAUCAUCGGAGACUUCCACAGCGUUUCCUGUAGCACCGGAAAUGGUGUUACUGGAACUUCCGGUUCCGGUGCUGGUCAUGGAGGCCGAGGCGGCGGGGUCACGUCUAAUCCCUCAACAGGUGCGCCGUACGGCCAACUGGUGCAGCCUGUGGACCGUGGAUGUCAAGGUGGCUCUUCCACCGUAAGCGGCACAGGCGGUCGCGGUGGUGGCGUCAUCUAUAUCCGGGCUGACGAUUACCUGCAGAACGACGGUGAGAUUAGCUGUAACGGCGAGGCUGGGACCGGCGCCGGUGGUGGAGGCAGUGGAGGCUCCAUUCAGAUGGAUAUUAACAACAUUAAGGGUUAUGGCGAGUUCCAAGUGAUCGGUGGUGACGGUUCGAAGUACAGCAGCUUCCAAGGCUGCGGUGGUUCCGGCGGUCGGAUCGCUAUGUACUUCGACCGGAACUUUACAUUCUCUGGUACCUGGGACGUGUAUGGUGGGGACGCGCCCGCCCCGGAGUGUGACGGCGCUUCCGGUACCGCCUUCUUCUACCACAACGAUCACGAGCACUCGACCUUGCUGAUCAACAACAAUGGACGUGGUGUGGCGGGCGAGGAGGGAGUCAUAGCGGACUAUGCUAGUCUCACUGCGGACACAACCCACACCUGGUUCCUCCCGGAUACUGGCACUAACACCAGGCUACCCACUUUGACCAACACAUUUACGUUCGACGAAGUGCAAAUAUUUGGUAACGCGCACCUAGCGAUCCUGACUGACACCGUGGGUGACGCCGCCACCAUCUACUUCGAAAACAUGAUCGGGGACCGGACGGGCGCGGUUCACGUGGGUGCCGGGCAGACCCUGGACCUCCAACGGCCCAAGAUUGACCUCCCCUUCAACGUACACGUGUAUCCCGACGGUUUCCUAGGGCUGGCACCGGACACGUACGUACAGGAUAUCGACAUCUUCCUCAAUGGGACACUUGCUUAUAUCAAGAACCUUACCAUCCACCAUGACGGAAAUCUUUGGCUCUACCAGGAAGGAAAGACGAACGGCGAAGAGGCAGGAAGUUAUAACUUUGACUUCGUGCACGUGAAAACAGACGGAUACAUUCACAUGGUCACAGAUCCUGUGACGGACCAUGGAAUCAACUUCAAGACUAUCGAUACACAAAUUGAUGGUGGCGGCCUUAUUCGUGGAACGCAUUUGUAUUUUCAUUCCCAAAACAUUACCGUACACUCCGGUGGAAGCCUGAACGCAGAUUACCUAGGUUACAGGGUCACAGACACGAGCGGCACGGGGGUAUAUGGGCAGAUCAACCCAGGGCUGGGGCACAAUGGCACACUAUCAUCGUCCGGUGGAGGCCAUGGCGGCAGCGGUGGUCGCGGUGAAGGAGAGACAAUUGGCGGCUCCCCGUAUGGUGAUCUAUAUGAACCAACAAUGUUUGGUUCGGCCGGCGGUGGUGACGGCGGUGGACGCGGCGGUGGGCGGAUCUGGUUGAAUGUGACCGACACGCUUCACAUCGACGGCAGCGUGACGGCUAACGGCGAUGAAGGCAAGACAGUAUUUGGUAAUCUUGCGGGAGGUGGAAGCGGCGGGAGCAUAUGGAUCCACACCGACACUAUCACAGGGUUUGGUCUGAUACAGACAGGCGGCGGUCAGGGCUCCAGUGGAGGUGGCGGCGGUGGCAGAUUUGCGAUGUACUUUCACAAGAACACCACUUUCACUGAGUUCCGUUACCUUGCUAAUGGCGGGUGGCCGGGAACUGCGUGUGGUGGCUGCGAGGCAGGUGGACCCGGAACUGCCUUCCUCUAUCAUAUGGUCGAAAAACACCGGACACUCAUCAUCGACAAUGACGACGCUCCUUUACCUACAAACAAGUACGUUAACUGGGAUAAUAUCAAUGAAGAUGGUUGUAGGGCUUGGAUAUUGCCGAUCUCUGGCGUUCAUGCAUUCGCUGCAGGUACCUCCGGAAGUUAUGCGUAUGAAUUUGAGGAGCUUCAGAUUUACGGAAACGGCCACCUGGCUGUGAUGCCACCAAGCGUUGACAAUGUUGAUAACGGCAACGAUGAUAACACGGAAUUGGAGGGCGUCAACAAGGGCGACUACUCUGUGAUCAUAUUUUUCAAGUACAUGAUCGGAGAUCGUACCGGAGCAGUGCAUGUGGCUGACGGACAGGCCUUGGACCUGCUAUCUAACAUGCAGCGAGAAGAGAUGGACCUGCCUUUCAACACGUACACAUACUAUGGCUCAUAUCUUGGUCUUGCGCCCGUUACUUUUAUACACGCCGUUGAAAUUCACCUCGCAGGCUACUUGGCUAAUGUUCACAACAUAACAUUGCGACUUGGUGGAUACCUUUGGCUCAAACAUGGCGGCCACACGACUGAAAAGCCGGAGAGUAGCUAUAUGUUCGAUUAUAUUAAGAUCCAAGAUGAUUCUGUUUUGAACGCCACAACAGACCAAAUUUCCGAGAAAGGAAUCACCUUUUAUCUUGACGGUUUGACCAUUGAAGGUGGUGGUGUGAUGCAUGGGACCUACAUCACCGUUAACGCACAGAACGUGACCAUAGACGCCGGUGGGCACCUGUCUGCCAACGGCCGUGGAUACACAUUCGAACACUCACAAGAUAUCCACGGUUCAUCAUCCGUUCAUGGGGUGGUCAACCCUGGAGCGCCAGACGCUGUGAACGGUAUCGGCGGAGGUGGUGGCCAUGGUGGGUCUGGCGGAAAAGAGGCAGGCGAUACAUCACGGGCCGGCUUUGCUUAUGGCGAUAUUUACGAACCACAGAAAAUGGGAUCUUCCGGUGGAGCUGGUGAAAAUAAUGCUCCUGGAGGAAGCGGUGGUGGCCGGUUGUGGUUUAAUGUCACAGAUACCAUUUUUAUUGACGGGCUGGUCAGUGCAAACGGAGCAGUUGGAGUAAAUGAUUCAGGUGGCGGUUCCGGUGGCUCAAUCUGGAUGCACUGUAACAUUAUCAAGGGUUAUGGAAAGAUUGUUGCUCACGGAGGCGAUGGGUCCAAUUACGUCAAUGGCACCGGAAGUGGUGGUGCAGGAGGUCGUAUCUCAGUGAACUUCAACGUCAACAAGACAAUGUCGGAGUUCCGUUACCUGGCUUAUGGUGGCGCGAAAGGUGGACCGCUCUCAGAAAAUGGCGGACCUGGUACGGCGUAUGUUUACCACAAGCUGGAAGAACACAGAACAAUAAUCAUGGAUAAUAAUGGCCAGCAUCCAAGGGAUGAACACAACGUCAUUGUAGAUUAUGCUGAUCUUACUUAUGACUCUUCAAGAGCCUGGAUUCUGCCUGAGUCUGGAUACAACGAUUUCGCAAAUGGGAAAUUUGAGUUCCAUUUCGAGGAAAUUCAAAUGUACGGCGCCGCACAUUUGGCGAUACUUCCGGAACCUAUUGGCACGGAGGUAGAUGUCUUCUUCCGCAAUAUGAUCGGUGACCGCACGGGCACAGUUCAUCUGGGCGACAACCAGGUAAUGGAUCUGGAGCGACUGGAAAUCGACCUACCGUUUAAUUGCAGAGUUUACGAAGGUGCCUUCCUAGGACUCGCACCGGUCACCAUCAUGCACGGCAUCACCGUCUGGCUGCACGGGGAAAUGGACCACGUCGAGAACCUUACCCUUCACCACGACGGUCAACUUUCUUUGGAGACGGGAGGAUUUACAUCAGGAAAUUCACCAGACGUUUUUGAUUUCCUGUGGGUACGAAUUCAGGACAAUGCUACAAUCAGUAUUCUCGUUGAUCCUGUCUCUGAUCCCCAAUCUCUCUUUAGGGUGGCUAACAAAAUAUCCAUGGAGGGCGGCUCGACUUUUGUAGUCACGAAUACCAAGAUAACAGCAAAAGACAUGAUACUCGACUAUGGAGCAUCCCUACACGCAGAUAGCACGGGAUAUCGCGCCGACGACCCCCAGACAACAACGGUCAACGUUGGAGUCGGCACCGCAAGCACUUCCGGGUCUUCAGGUGCAGGAUACGGCGGAAGCAGCGGGAAAGGCGGAGGCACCUCCAUGACCGGUCAACCUUAUGGCCAUUUGUUUCAACCCUACCAUCUAGGUAGUGCCGGAGGCGGUGGACUGAAUUCCGGCGGACAAGGAGGUGGAAAGAUUGUCAUUGAAGUCUCGGAUAUGCUAAUGAUAGACGGUGAAAUUCGCGUUAAUGGCGGAGACGGUCGUAAUAUCACGGGCGGUGGUGGAUCCGGAGGGACUCUUCAAAUUGACACGUACAAUUUCCGGGGUAUGGGUAACAUCACGGCAAAUGGUGGUGGCAGGUUUGCUGCCGGGACUGGAGGCGGUGGUGCCGGUGGACGUAUCGCUCUUUACUUCCGACAAAAUGUGACCUACUGGGGCGGCUUCCAAUGCCAUGGAGGUUAUUCGGCAGGCAGUGCGGAACCUGGUGGCCCUGGUCCGGUAUUCAUAUACAAUGUCGCUAAAGAACAUAGCACUUUGUACAUUAACAAUAACGGUCUUCAAACACCAACAGAGGUUAACCUGAUCAGAGAUUACACAGACAUUUCACAAGACAGAUUCAAAGCCUGGGUAAUGCCUGAAUCCUCGGAUCAUCGUUUAGCUGGCAGUCAAAGCGACUACAGCUUUGACGAGCUUCAAAUUUUUGGAAAUGCUCACCUAGCUCUCCUGCCUGAACCCUACACUGGAGGCUGUAACCUGCACUUCAUCCACAUGAUUGGUGAUCGCACCGGCUUCAUCCACAUCGGUCCGUAUCAGGUUAUGGACCUCAACCGGCCGUUCCUGGACACGCCGUUCAGCUCUUAUGUGUAUGACGGCGGCUACCUCGGGCUGGCACCAGACACCUUCAUGGAGAAAGUGUUUGCGCACAUUGAGGGAACCGUGGACCACAUUCAUAACCUGACCCUUGUCCAAGGCGGCGGACUGCGCCUAUUCAAGAGCGGAUCAACCAACGACCUUUCACCCCUAACGUACAAAAUUCUUGGACUGACCGUCAUCAAGGCGGAGUCCUACAUCAACUGUUCAAACCCCAACGCUGACUCUGACGCUUACCAGCUUACGUUCGGGUGGAUGAUCGUGGAAGGCGGUGGACUGCUGAAAGGCGGUAACCUGCACAUAAAGGCGACCGACUUUUUCCUCGACGACGGAGGCUCCGUUGACGUUAGCGAUGGAGGAUACAGACCGGAUAAUGGACCUGGAGUGGGUAUCGGCACAAGCGGCGGUUCGCAUGGCGGUCUUGGUGGACGAGGUGGUUGUGACGGGUACACGACGUGCCGCCUCCACCGGAACAUGCCGUACGGUGAUCUUUACAUCCCCGUGGCACACGGGUCCGGUGGAGGGCAGACGAACGGCGGAACUGGUGGUGGUGUGUUACACAUGGAGGUUGCCCACACGCUGGCGGUGGACGGCUACAUCAAGGCAAACAGCUAUGACACCGGAAGUAACACCGGUGGUGCUAGUGGCGGCAGCGCAGGCAGUAUCUACAUACAGACACACAAUUUUACCGGAAGCCACACAGGUCACAUCCAGGCACUCGGAGGUUCCGGCGACCUUGUGAACGGAGGCGGUGGUGGUUCCGGCGGUCGGAUCGCCCUGUAUCACCAGCGCCAUGAGACAAUUCCUCUAUACAGGGGAUACUUUGACGUUUAUGGGGGAGCCCCUGGUACUCAUGGGGAGGCAGGCUCUUCCGGUACCGCCUAUGUCAACGAUGAUGAGAGAAAUUACAACAUGCUGAAGGUGGACAACAACGGACAGCAGCAGAUUUCGGAGGACACAGCGGUGUGGAACGAGGGUUACCGCCUCGACCUGUCCUCCUACAGCUCUUCCUACAGCAAGACAACUUCCUACACCACCACGGACGGACACACGGUUUCGAGCAGUGCGAGUAUUUACGAUUGCUCGUGCUACGUCGGUGUGUGCAACUGUCCAUACACAAAUGCCCCCACAUACUACCGGCUACACCACCUGUUUGACCAGACCCUGCACUCACAUGGAGACGACUACUACAUGGCCGAGGCAGGAAGCGCCACCGUCACUGUUACCCUGGCAACCGCCACCUACAUCAACAAGGUCAAGGUCUACGCUGUUAAGGAUCACUACACCAAGUUCAAGGUGGUUGGCUAUGACGAGUCUAACACCGCGUUUGACGUGACCCCCAAUUUCAUUGUGCCUAGUUCCAGUCCCAUCCAGGGCAGCUACAUUGACCUUCCUGUGGGCAAGAUCGCUUCCAAGUUCGAAUUCCUGUUGUCCGGAAAUGGAAACCAGUAUUCGUACGUCGCUCUGAACGAGAUUGAAAUUUUUGCAGAGGAAUCGCCAGAGCAUUCGAGAUACAAGUACAUCAGCCUGCAUGCAGCCUCCACGUGGAUCCUGGCAGACGCUGGCCAGUCGUUUGACUUCAGUGAGAUCUACAUCCAGGGACAGGCCCAUCUCAGCUUCAGGCCCAAGAACAGCUACACGGAUGCAGUGUCUGUGUUUGCUGGCAAUGUGGUUGGGGACAAAACAGGCUAUUUCCACAUUGGGUACAACCAGGAAAUGGUGGUAAACGCCACAGACUAUGACGUCCCCUUCAACACCCACGUGUAUGAGAAGGGACACAUAACCUAUCCACCCAGGAACUUCUUCUACAAAACAAAACUCUUCUCCUCGGGAAAGGUUUCCGGCAUAGAGGACUUGUACGUGUUUAAAGAGGGACGGGUUUCCAUAGAUUCAAACGGUAGCCUGGCAACCAGUCAUGCGCCAGCAACAGUAUCACUGAAGUCGCUGCACGUGCAGGAGGGUGGAACCUUCCAGCUGUUCUCCGACAGUCCAGAUACACCGUUUGUGAUCGACGCCACAAAUAUCUCUAUUUACGGUGGGGGUCAUUUCUCGAUCAACACGGGCCUCAACAUGACAGUCCACCACCUAUUGGCCGUGUACUCGGGUGGAAAGAUCGACCUCAGUGGCGCCGGGUACCAGCCUAACUCAGGCAAAGAGGGAACCGGAGCAGGCAUUGGUUCUACAUCCGGUGGAAGCGGUGGUGGUCAUGGUGGCAGCGGUGGCCGAGGCUCGGGCUUGGGCAGGGUUGGCACUGGCUAUGACUCCCUUUACAACCCUGCUGGACAUGGGUCAGCUGGUGGUUAUGGUCAUUAUUAUGGUGACCUUUACUACGGUGACCAUCCCCAUGGCAACAAGAUGAUCUACAAAACGCUAGGUGGUGCUGGAGGUGGCUACCUGGUAAUAGAAAGCCGACAUGUGGACAUUGAUGGGCUUGUGGCAGCUAACGGCAACGCCCCCGACACCAGAUUUGAUAGAGGAUCUGGUGGUGGAUCCGGUGGCUCCAUCUGGAUUGUGUGUGAUGAGAUAGUUGGUCAUGGAACCAUCACCGCUUAUGGUGGGGAUGGAGGCGGACCGGCGGGUGCUGCGGGAGGUGGUGGUGCCGGUGGGAGAAUCUCAGUGCAGUGUGACAACAUCCUCAAAUUCAACAUCUCCAUGAAGUCGUAUGGCGGUGUUAGCAACAGUGAGACGGGCGGAGCUGGGACAUCUUAUUUGGAGUCCAAAUUCGACAACGGAACUCUGGACUACCAAAAAAUGACCAUAGACAACAACGGCCACGCAUAUCCGCACGCAGCUAUUUACGCUGAGGGUGACAUGCGCAAUUUGUUGAACGGUGAAUAUGUCGACAUUUCGUACUCCGGGGGAGUCACUUGGCUCUUCCACGGAGCACUUUUAUACAGAUUCAAGCAGCUGGAUGUGCGCGGUAAUGCACACGUGGCCAUACUGAGUGACACAGACAAUGAACAGAUUGAUGUACGCGUUGAAUUCCUGUGGGGUGACAGGACCGGUGUGCUGCAUGCCGGCAAAAACCAAACUUUCGGUCUCACUGAUGUGGAUACGUACCUCCCUGCAAACCUUGCAUCAUACAGGGGCAGCCGUAUUGAGGUCCCCAAUAAAGUUAUUAUCCGCGAGGUCUGGGCAGAGAUCAACGGAACCAUUGAAGGCAUGGACGUGAUCACGGUGGAAAACCGCGGAGAGCUGUACAUCUGGUCACACGCCAACUCUGAUGGCUAUGAGAAGGGUGAGAUCAAGGCUACCAACAUCUCUGUGCGGGCAGGAGGCAAGUUUGAGCCCCUGGCUGCUGUCAGAAAGAUGAAACUCUACGUGACACGGCUCGUGAUCAACGGGAACGGCUAUGUACGGACCAACAACCUCCAGCUCAACGCUACCAACGUCACCAUAGAUCUUUCCGGUGAAUUCCACGCCGACUUCACUGGUUACCCAGGCGGCGAAGGACCAGGAGCGGGACGAAACAUUCAUGUGAAUGAGUCCGGUGGUUCCGGUGGAGGGCACGGUGGUCGGGGUGGCCGAGGGAAGUCUGGCUACUACUCCGCCUUUGCCUAUGAUUCUAUCUACAAUCCAUCUGAGAUCGGCAGCGGCGGCGGGAAUCCACCUCAGGGUGGCGGCGGCCGCGGUGGAGGUAUAAUCUACAUGUACAUUGAGGAUGAGCUUAGAGUUGAGGGUCGUCUCCACAGUAACGGAGAAGUCGGAAGUAACAACCAGGCUGGCGGUGGGGCUGGCGGCUCACUUUACCUGAAUGUCAAUCAUCUUGAUGGAACUGGAUUCAUUGAGACUACUGGUGGAGAUGGUGGCACUAAUGGCGGUGGUGGUGGUGGUGGCAGGAUCGCUAUAUACCACACAAUAGAGAACCACUUCACCGGCGAGUACUUGAUCUAUGGCGGCAAAGGUCCUUACCAGUUUGGCGGAGCCGGCACUGUCUAUAUAGAGGACAAUAGCGUCUCCCCUGCCUACAGACAUCUUCGUACAGAUAAUGGCGGCCGAACGGAGAGCAACCGGAUAUACGAGGUGGAACGGUUGAAUCUGACUGGGAAGUACUUCUCCACAAAAGGGUGGCCAGAUACAUAUUUCCAGACGUAUAGCGGCAUUAACGUUACGUCAGAUGUUCGCCCAGGAACCUAUUAUGCCUACCAAUCAUCAAGCUAUGGCUACCUGUACCACACAGUAUGGCCGCUUAGCCACAUGUUCAGCGACAAGAAAGCGAAUGUUGACAAAUGGUUCAUGGCCCAAGGACAGGAGGCGACCUUGACAUUUGACCUUCCUUUUAAGACUUACGUGGAAUACAUUAUGAUUUACCCAUACUGCAACACGAACUACGCCAAAACUGCGCCGAAGGCACAGGACUGGGGCUCACUGGUGACAUACUAUGCGGCGUCCACAUCCCUAGAGGGCGGAGCGUCCAUGAACCGCACGGACGGGUUCAUGACCACGGAUUACUGCCAGACACAGACUGAGGAGGGGCAGUAUGGCAUCGUCGAAAUCAAGGACAAUGUAGACCAGAUCAUUGUAAGCCUUAAGGCUACCGGAAGUUAUGUUGCCCUUAGCGAGGUUGAGAUCUACAUACGUGAAGACCCGACAGCCACCUCCCAGACGCCUUACAGUAUCGAGAACGGUACCAGCUACAUUAUGCCCGAGGGAGAUGUGAAGGACUUCGAGUUUGAUAAGCUUGACAUCCUUGGUGGAGCUUCCUUGAAUCUGGAUGGUGAGGACAUGACCUUGACUGCCCACGUUAUUGAGGGUGACGACACCGGGCGAGUGACCGCCCGACGCACCCAGCAGUAUGAGAACACUCAAGCCCGUGUCCUACAGACCAUUGGUAUCCUCUCACAACGAGAAUCUACCGUUAACCUACCACCGGAGCUCGACUGCAGGGGCAUUGACAUGUACAUCAAAGGUCACUUCCGGUCCAUGGAGAACAUCACAGUGAAUGCGCGUUGUAAUCUGACGAUCGACCACCACGAGCAGACGACAAAUAUCAUAGACAGCCUGGACAUCAAGACGUUCGGUUCCGUGAAUGUGUUUACAGAGGAUGAGGUCCUCACCACACUGCAGGGAACCAGCCUUACUGUCAGAUCCGGGGCCAGGCUGACGUCAAACGACCUAAAACUUGACUAUUUCAACGUCACCAUUGAGCCUUAUGGUCUACUGUCCGUCACAGCGGGGUGCCCUUACAACCUGCAGCACGAAGGUGUUGGUGCUGGGCAUGGAAAUGUCGGCGGGAGUUCUGGUGGAGGCCAUGGUGGUAACGGUGGUGGUGGACAGGCGGAAGCUUAUGCCGGCGGUGCCCAUGACUCCUUCCUCUACCCGACCAAGUUUGGUAACAAUGGAGGACAUGCCCUGUUCCCUCAUAGAGCUGGAGUAGGUGGCGGAAGGCUCUACCUCCGAGUUAACCACACGCUGACAGUCGACGGCUUCUUGGUUGCGCUUGGUGGCAACUGGCGAUCUGUCGGCUCUGGAGGUGGCAGCGGAGGUAGUAUACACAUUGAAACCUACACCAUAGACGGUAGUGGCGAAAUUGACGCUUCUGGUGGCACCGGAUACAGUGGUAGCUGGGCUCCCCAUGGAGGAGGUGGUGGUGGAGGUCGCGUUGCUCUCUACUACAUGUACAACUUCUACGUUGGCGACUUUAUCAACCAUGGAGGUGCAGGAGGCAGCCAGUCGGAGGCCGGUGGCCCUGGAACGGUUUACAUCCACCACCUACCGGACAUGGUGGACGGACAGCCUCCAGCAGGUUUCGUUGACAACAGGACCCUCUACCUAAACAACAAGGGCUACGAGCCCAAAGAUCCAUACCGUAACCUGACAGACACCUACCCAGACUAUCCGGCAGCCAGCGGGGUGGCCUGGAUAUGGCCCGGGGAAUACCCGCCACUGGUCAAUGUCUUUAGCACAUCAGUGGACCCAGAGAGUGACAUCACGCUUGAAUAUAUAAAGUUGUACGAGAAGGCCCAGGUCGCAAUGGUACGGCCGACCUACACCGAUCUUGUGGACGUUCAGGUGGGCUACACCGAGGGCGACCGGACCGGACACCUCCAUAUUGGCUACAACCAGAAACUCUUCAUUGGUACGGGUCAGUUACCCAUGCACGUGUCCCUGUACCACGGCAGUACGACAACGCUACAGGGCGAACUCCGCGUGGCCGGCGUCAACGUCAUGAUUGAGGGCAUGGUAGCUGGUGUGGAAAACAUGACCAUUGUUGACGGAGGCACACUGAAAGUGAAUUACAUGAUGGACCUGAACUUCCAGCGUAUCGACGACAUCCGGUUCACGGCGUUCUCAAUCCGGAACCGAGGAUCCAUGGUGAUGAACAAUGGGGAGUUCCAGCACCAAAUGUUCGGCACCAGCAUGCAGGUAUUCCCUGGAGGAUCUUUCGAAGCCAAGCACCUGUACGUCGAAGUGACAUCACUGUACGUUGAUGUCAUGGGCACGUUCCGAGCCGACGGCACUGGAUUCUGUGAUAUGGAGGGCCCCGGUGCUGGCACUACAUACAUGGGUGACGGGCAAGAGUACGGGACAGGAGCCAGUCACGGUGGUGAGGCAGGGGCAGGUAACUCCAGCAUGGUGACACCGAGUGCGUACGGCAACUUCAUCUAUCCUGAUCAGUUUGGAAGCGCAGGUGGAGAUGGCGGCUCGACGAAAGGUGGCUGCGGAGGCGGUAUCCUGAUCCUGAACGCCAGUAGCAUUUUGAAGGUCGACGGCGUCCUGUCUGCUAAUGGAGACGAUGGUGGCUCCACUGCUGGUGGCGGCGCAGGCGGCAGUAUCUACAUCGUUACUGACGACUUCGACGGUGCUGGUAGCAUAGAGGUUAAAGGAGGCAGCGGGUACAACGGCGGUGCAGGCGGUCGUAUGAGCACCAAAUAUGGCUACUCCAACUUCAUUGGUUCCUUCUUCUCUGAUGGCGGGGAGGCCUCUGGUGGAGAGAACGGGGCUGCUGGUACCGUGUUCACCAAGGAUACGUCGACCGAUGGCAAGAAGACGCUCAAAGUCUACAACAGGGAGGGAGAAGGGAACCGGCGUACCCGUAUCUCCAUCCCUGAGUCAAAGACGGAGGAUCAUGAUAUUGACACGCUUGACCUUGGUGACUACGCCCAGGUCGGUCUCCUAGCAACCGAUAACGAGGGCAAGCCCACCAUCGGUCGCCGGGAUCUCUACCUACAGCUUGUUGAGGGUGACUACACAGCCACAAUCCAUGUAGAAGAAGGAAUGUUUCUUAACAUUGACUUCCAGAACUCUGCUGUCCUCUCAUUCAGCAUAGCCGUCUACCCUGACUCUCAGGUAAACCUGCCAUCGGACACAUACCUGAAGGACGUCACGGUGUCCGACUACGGCGGAACCAUCCUGGGGCUUGAGACGUUCAAUAUCUCCCGGGGAGGUGCCGUACAUGUGUACCCUCCAGAGGCUUCCAACCCCCACUUCAAGGAGAUUGUGUAUGACCUGAACACCAUCAGUAUCCUUGAUGGCGGAUCGUUCACGUAUCACGGCACAGCAGAGAAUAAUGACGUCCUCACCGUCAACUUGGCUGGCGACCUUAUGAUCCGGGGCGGCGGCGUCAUGACCGUCAAUAAAAUGAUUCUCAAUGCAAUCAACAUAACCGUCGAGUCUGAAGGCAUCCUCAGCGCCUCUUCCGGUGGGUUCCUGCCGGGAGGUGGAGAUGGAGCCGGUGUUGGCUCGGCUGACGGCAGUUCAGGUGGCUCACAUGGUGGACUGGGCGGUAUGGGAUCUGAUACUGCCUAUGCCGGACUUGCGCAUGGUAGCACUCACACUCCAAAAGCAUACGGCAGCGGCGGCGGCACUGCCGAAAGUGCCACUAUAGGUCGUGGUGGCGGUGUGCUGGAGAUGGUAGCAACCGGAUUCACAGAAGUGGAUGGAACAAUCAGGGCAGACGGAGAGGAUGCUACAGGGAAAGCGACAGGUGGUGGUGCCGGAGGCUCUGUCUAUCUUAGAACCGGGCAUUAUGCCGGUACUGGUCUGAUGUCGGCAAGAGGUGGAGCGGGCUCCUGCGUGCCGGGUUGCACCAAGUGUGACUCAGAGCGUCGUUGUUUGCAGUGUCUGGGUGGAUACACAUGGGAUGCAUAUGUCUGCAAGAACGCUUACUAUUCCACUGCUGUUGCUGGUGGUGGUGGCGGUGGUGGUCGUAUCGCUGUCUGGAUUGACAACUCGACAAACGACUUUCGGGGAGAUUUCCAGACGUAUGGUGGCAAGGGAUUCACCGAGAGUGGUGGCUCCGGAACCGUCUACGUCAAUGCUAAUAACGAUGAAGGCGUCGUGGAAGCCACGCUUACCAUUGAUAACCGGAACUCUGUCCCGAACAACGUUUAUAUCGAUGACAAGCUGGAAGACAGCUGUCGGACUUACGUCAUCACUUCAUCAGACGAUGAUGCGGACGAUAUGACAUUUGAUCACGUGUACGUCAAUGGCGACGGCCACCUUGCGUUCCGUAAGACAUCCUCGGACAGCGUUGACGUCACAAUCAACAACCUGCAUGGAGACUUAAGUGGCAUGGUGCAUACAUCUGUAGACCAGAAGGUGCAGAUUGUGGACAGUGACAGCCCAAUACCAGCAUCGUUCAGGGUGUAUGAUACUGCGACCAUUCAGCUGCCGGCCGAGUUAUACUUUAAAGACCUCAAGUACACAGACAUUUACAUUGAUGGACAGAUUGAUGGCGUCCAAAACCUAAGUUUGGGACAGGGUGUCAACUUUGUCAUCGGCGAAAAUGGUUUCACGAGUGGCUACGAGAAGCUUACGUUCGCGUUUGAAAACGUGGAAGUGUUUGCUGACGGAAAAAUUUCCUCGCCAUCUGUGGAGGAGUUCUCCCCGUCGCUCAUCCUUGAGGUCGCUAACGAAAUCAGACUGCAUGCUGGAGCUGUCAUUGAGGCCCCCUGGGUGAAGAUAGACGCGACAGGCGGAACAAUCCAGAUCGACGCCGCCAGUAAGAUCAAUGCCAGCUACUCUGCCCCACAGACCCUCGACCAAGACGGCGUUUCCACGCUGGCAGGCGGUGGUUCGGGAGGCGGCAGUGGUGCGGCCGGUGGACAGGGCUCCUUCCAGAACUAUGUUGGACCGCCACCUGACUACGGCUCACUGUAUGAGCCCACUCAAUAUGGUGGUAAUGGCGGCGAUGGUGGUGGAUCUUCUUCUGAUCUGAGAUGCACUUUCUCUCCAAAACAGAGCGGUGGCAAAGGAGGUGGUGUGAUUGAGUUGGCGGCAGACAACUUUCUGUUUGACGGGGAGCUGCGAGUUAGCGGCGGUGACGCGCUUGGCCCCAGGGGAGGAGGAGGUGCCGGAGGCAGUGUCUUUGUUAACGUGUUAACUCUUUCCGGAGAUGGAAUCAUAUAUGCACAGGGCGGCUCAAUUGGUGACUCAUUUGAUCCCUCCGCCGUCGUCGCAGCCACUCCAGCAUCUCCCACAGCAGCGCCAUUAAAUGGUUCAGACUCAAACUGUCAGGGCGGCGGUGGAGCCGGUGGACGUGUCGCCCUCCGCUUCAACGACGAUUCUGCCUUCAGCGGCACCGUUAAGGCAUACGGAGGGCGUGGGUAUGAAUGUGGCGGCGCCGGAACCUACCUGCGUGUUGACGUUGACGAUGACGUGAAGAAGUUGUUUGUGGACAAUGAGAACGUGUGUACGCCUCUGGACGCUCGCGUGGAUUGGGAAAAACUCACAGAGACGCACAAAGGCCAGCUUAGCUUCCACACAUGGCUGUUUGAUGAAGGAGAUGAUCAUGAGCACGUCUUUGAUGAAGUGACUCUUAGUGGACAGGCCCAGUUGGCCCUCUAUAGAAUAACCGAACAAGCUUACACACAGACAGUCACUGUUAAAAAGUCCAUUGGUGAUAAAACAGGAGUAUGGCACGUUGGCCCAUACCAGCAAAUUUCGACCAGCCUUCCCGCGGACAGCCCUGAGCUUCAGUUUGGUAUAUUCGUAUACGAUCUUGGAACCAUGCUGGCUGAGCAGACCCUUACAGUGAAGGGAAUUACAAUAGAGAACGAGGGCGCUCUCAGCGGCGUGGAACACCUCGUCAUUGGACCUAAUGGCGUCAUCAUUCUUAGACCAGACACUUCAGCCUCUGUUCCCGAGAUCAGUUUCAUCAGUGUGACGGUGAAGGGAGGCGGGACCCUGAAGAUCGAGACAGAGGGGCGGGGCAUGAAGCUUGUGGGGACGGACUUCACGGUGGAGAGCGGGGGAAGGGUGGAGGCGGAUAACCUGGUGGUGUCCGCCAACUCCCUCACUGUGGAGGACUCCGCGUAUAUCUCUGCUGAUGAACAGGUAACAUUGUCUUCCAUAGUCAUAUAG